AUCUCACAUUUCACCGGAAGUCAUGCAGAUUUGUUUUCGUGGAUUUGACACUUUGGGAGAUUUUUCAGCGGCUAACUGUACAGGUGCGCACGGACAUUUGCGUGAGAUUUACGGUUUAAAAAAACGCGUUUUCAAUCUGCGGUCGCGUGCAGGCUGCCUGCCUGGUCUCGCGCACGGCGUAGAGUCCGUGCACAUCAGACAGUGCGCGCGAGCAGCCGGAGCAGGAAUCCACUUUAAGACAGAUAGAGAGCGGACCAACAAGCUGCUGUAGUCUGAGGGACAUCCACGGGAAUAAAACGACGUAUUGUUUUUCUGCAACAGCGCUGGAUUAGAGGAGGAGGAGGAGGAGGCUGAAGAUCCACGCUAACACAAGAUCCACACAUGUGACACGACAGGUGCGUUUUUACAUUUGCACCUUGUUUUUUUUUUCUCCUUUUGCAAUCAGAUUUUCGAUGCUGCCUCUACCUGACAGAUGUGUGGCAACACAGCUGCAGCCUACAGGUUUGUACCGACACGGUGUAUCCGUGCUUGUCAUGCAUGCCACCAAAACAACAUCGAGAUCAGCAUCAGAGUGAUUUAUCACCCACAGAAACUCAGUGUCCCCUGCGUUUCAUUGGCUGCACCUGAGCAGCAGCAGAUUUCUGUGUGCAAAAUGUCUGAGAUUCAGUCUGCUCGGAUUAGGAUUUGGCUCUGAAGCGAUCCCUCUCCUCCAAUCUGAUGACAAUAAUAACAUUGUUUUGCUGCCCAGGGGUGGCUCAUGUACAAUAUUUGCCACUGCACUUGAAGUAAACAGGAUCGCCUGGAGGAACAGGCCACUAAUGGGACUCUGGCACAGAGCUGGUUAUGUUUUUAUCACCCCCUCUGAGACAUAGUCUGUCUGAUGAGGAAGAACUCGGGGGAGAAAUCACAGCGUUUGUUUACCAGGAUGUUUCUGCUUCUUGUCUUCUAUCCAGAGAGCCUGUGUACCUGCUGCUGCUGCUGAUCUGCUGCGGUCGGCUGUGGAGCCCUGAGACUGCUCCAGCUGCACAUUUUACCAUCACCUUCAUCAUCAUCAACGUCUGCCACUUCAAACAGGACCAGACUCGAGGGGACAGAGGCUGCUUUUUGGCUGAUCAAAGCUCCAGCAGUCCCGGGGAACCUGCAGACGAUGGCUCCAGCUGAGCCGCUCGCCUGAAAACAGCAGCACAGAUAAAUGAGGACUAACUUCUUUAAUUGCUGAUUCAAGCUUUUUCUGUUCGGGGCUGAUCAACAUGUUCCAGUGUGUCAGCUGACUGACAGGGUCGCAGUGCUGUUCGAGCCCGGGACAAGCUCAGUCACAGCAGAGGAGAUGGCUCGUCCAGGAUCAGGGCUGCUGGUGCCUGUUAACGGGCUGGGGUACCCGCCUCAGAACCUGGCCCGGGUGGUGGUCUGGGAGUGGCUGAACGAACACGGGCGAUGGAGGCCCUACAGUGCGGCUGUUUGCCACCAUAUUGAGAAUGUAUUGAAAGGGGACGCUCGGGGGACUGUGGUCCUGGGGCAGGUGGACGGACAGCUCUCUCCUUACGUCAUCGACCUGCAGUCCAUGCACCAGUUUCGACAGGACACAGGUAAGAGACGCCGGAGUUCCCUGUUUGCGUAUAUAGGUGACAUAUGAUUAAUAUGCAGGUGUUGACAUGAGAGUUAGCUGUGAAUGAAGGGGAAGAUUACCCAGCUGUUCUCAUGUUUGUAACACGUAAAUUAACGGAUGCUCUCACCUCAAAUGAAGUCACUCUGGGACCGUUUCAAACAAAGCAGUCUUGACUUGGUUGCUACACGGAUCUUAUGUAACUUUCAGGGGAAUAAAUCAGAGUCCUGGAUGUCCCAUCUGCGUUGGGACUCAUGCAAACGAGCCACAGGUAGAGUUUAGAGGUGUUUCAACAAACAGGACACAAAGCAGCCAGAUGACAACAUUAUCAGGGUAAAUUAUUCAAGCAGGAGUGUGUUUGUGCGGCUGCUGGAAAGCCGUGACCUUGCCAAAUGUCACCGUGUCGGAGGGGCUGUGCGAUUAUCAGUCAGAUGAGUGCUGGAGCUCAGCGAGAUGCUGCACACGCUGCACAGAAGUGAUCUGAUCGUUCCUUUUGAAGACAUAAAACAAUAUCACUGAUUAUUUUUCUUUAAUGAAUGGAAAAACCUUGUAUGAAAUAAUAUCUCCAUGUGACUUAAACACUAAAGAGUCUCAGAUUAAUGUAAGUUCUCUCAGAUAGACCGGACCAUUAUUUUCAUUAGGGAUGUAAUGAUGCACUCGAGGCAGGAGACGAUUCACAAUCCUGCGCUCACUAAACAGUUUAUCUCUAUUUUCUGUAGGCACCAAGAAACCCAGUUUAUGCUCCAUCUUUAGAGUCCAGAUUAAUGCCGAGACUUUAGUGCCUUCAACCAAGAUUACAUUACGCAUGCUUUUAUUUUGGAAGGACACCCAAAGAGCAGAAGCUUAUUCAUAGAGCUGUUAUUUGUGACGCCUUAUUCUACAUCACACCUACAUUACCUCAGUCUCUGUUUCGAUGACAUGCAUGCUUUUAUUUUGUAAGGACAGAUAGUAAUAGUGAGGUUACAAAAUAAAAUCAGUGAAACGAAAAAUCAAUAGUAAUACAGGUUAAUGUGAUAGUACUCUCUGAACGUGCGCUCGCUCUUAUGUAACGUCUCUGCUACCAUUUUAAGGCGGGAUGAUCACGCCUCUGUUACAGCUUGUCUGUGUUGGAGCCAACAGGGCAGAACAGUGAGUGUGUGUGUGUGUUUGUGUUUGUGUGUCAGCGAAAUGCGAUAUUUACUGAGACUCUAGGCUAACAUUAAGUAUCCGUUUCAGGGUACAGUGUGUGAGAACUAAAGACCUAACGUCUGUAGAAACUGAAUUUCGGACUGGCUCCUCUCAGAGACGUGUUAAUAUUGACUAAGAGAUCGUUUUCUUUUUUCCUUUGUCUCAGGCAUGUAAUCUUUUUCACGUACCUCGACAUGUUUCAGCGGAAACUUCCGUCUUCCUCAGAAGUGUCAUAUGGUGGUAGACAAGAUAUGACCUAUCGAACAUACCACCCAGUGACACCUCUGAGGAAGACGGAAGUUUCCACUGAAACAUGAUUUCGAAGAAACUGAAGACAUAAUGAACAUCAUUCAACAUUGACUAAGAGAGGUCAAAGGUAGUUAGUGCCCCCUACUGCUUACAAAGGGUACUGCAAUCCCUUUCUCUCUCACCGAUGUGUGUUUUGGGUUUGAAACUGAGGUACCCGUACAUUUGUUAUUACUUUUGUUUGUAGAUUGAUCGGUUACUCACAGCACCGACCUGUUAACACCAGUCUAGUCUUUCUCAGUCUCUUCACAGUGACCCUGUUUUAUGUUUCUUCUAAAUAUAUUAUAGAUUUUAUGAUGCAAGCUGCUUGACCCGUUUAAAAAUCAUUUUUCCUUUUGCCGCCUUGUAGAAGCUUUUUGAAAAGUGCUCUUGAAGUAAAGAUGAUAAUUAAUAGUUCUGUUCAUUUCUGGAUGCAUUAAAGCUCCUAUGAGGAGUUUUUUAACAUUCAUUUGUGAUACACAAAUGCAAACAGGUUGGGGGGUCUCCAAGCAGCCAAAGAAACAGCUCUGUUUUUACAAUGUCUACAUAAAUAUGCAGAAGAUAGCAGGAUAAGACACUACUUGAAAAUGUUACGGACAAAAUCAGAAAUUACUUUUUCUGUCCACAAGGGGCACCAUAAUCGAUGCAAGCCAAUAGUCCCUUACUAAAUCUUUAAAUCCAGCCUGUUCUUAAAGAAUUUCCUGAGUACAGCGCAAAUUGAAAUAUCACACCCUAUAAUGGAAACUAACUCCCAGACAUUUAAAAACCCUUUUUCUUCAUAUCAAACCUGACUAAGACUUGAUUUUAUUUAACCUUCUGCCACGUAUGAAGGUCCGUUUAAAAGUACUCUUUGGCUCCAGCCUGGUUUAUUAUAACAGUAAUAAUGGUGGUAGGUAGUACAUGUUGCUCUGGAGAAAAAUCCACCCGGCAGUCUUUGUUUGGUUGACUGUAAUUCUCCCUGAUGACUGCUGCCUUUUUAAAUAUGACCAGAUGUUUUCGCUGUACUCCAGCAAACCUCGACACACACUCUGUGUUUGCCUCUGUGUGUGUGGAUUCACCUUCCUUCUGUUCCAGUGUUUGAAGCAGAGAUAUGGGGGAGGUUUCAGACAUCUGUUAGAGGCAGCCUUGGAUAAAUCUCAGCUGCCUGAUUUAUUCUUCACACCUGACUCGGCUACUCAUCACAAAGACGGAGACGGCCGUGAAAAAAAAAAAAGUGUCUGAUUGUGAUUUUUGUAUCAGGAUGGUGGUUUCAGGUUAUGUUUGCAUGGAAAGUCCUCCUCAGCUGAAGGUGUUAUGUAACAUCAGAGCAUUGAGGAGGUGCAGAGAGACACAGAAGGUGACUGAGCAGUGUGUGUGCACCUGCAUUAUGUCACCUUUAAUGCCUCAUUUACACCUGAAUACAUAUUCACUGAUGGAGCUAACAUUUUUUUUUAUAAUAAGGAAUAAGUGAUGGCUACAUUUAGUUUCAUUAUGGCAAAUUAUGGGAGUUAUGGACCAAAUGAUCUUUUCAGCUGUAAUAUGUCUUGCACUUGUCUGGUUUGUUUGUCUGCUGAUUUGUGUGUUUGGAUGGAUCAAAUGGCAGGGUAACUGUGAACGGAAUAGUCCUUAGGGGAUAAAUAAAGUUGUCUGAUUCUGAAUCUAAGUCUUUAUACUGUAUUUUCUUGUGUGGACAUUUUUACAGAUGAGUGUAACAGAAUUGCACAAGCUUUAAAUCCUGUGGUAUCUGGUGGUAAACGAUACGAGCUUUCCCCCUUUUUAAAUACACAUCAACAAAAAGUAAGCAAAUUUAUGACGAGUUUUAUCACCCCUACUGUCCUGGCUUCUGAUUGGACCUCAACAUGUCAGCUGAUUGCAGACACAGCUUCUGAGUGGUUGUCAGACCAAAACAAAGAUGGCAGUUUUCAAUAGAAUAGUUAGCUAAUAAAUAAUUUUAUUUAUGACUAAAGGUCCUUACACAGCGGGGCCGACACGAAUAUAGAAUGCGAAAUCACGCAAUAUUCAAGUGAUGGCGAAUUGGUCCUCCUUUUGCUUUCUCAAAAGAUAAAGAAACGUAACACAUGGGUGGAUCCGAUAUUACAAAAAAGAAGAGAACUUGGAGAGUUUCACUGCUCGGUUCAGGAGCUGAAACUGGAUCACAGUCGCUGAUUGCUUUCAGUUCUGAUUAGACUCUAGUGUUGAGACGUCUGUCUGUCAUGGUAGCAAAUACUGAGUUGGGGCCAGUACCAGAUAAACACAUGAAACUAUAGUAACAACCGUUAGCUUACGUUAGCCGGAUGAAAGUUCAAACAAAGACGUUUAUCAAACUGUUAAAGCUCACAAACCAUCGUCAUAUGAGAAAUCCGACGCUAUGACUCUCCACAAGUUGUCCUUCAGUCGCCGUAAAGCUUUCAGUCCUGUGAAGCGUGGAUGCUGAGGUCAGACUACACAAUCUUUCUGUCCGUCACUUGGCGAUCACAGAGACAUAAAACUGUACCGCUACUUCGCCGACAGACGUGACAGACUACACGAUGGUGCGGCUGCCAAGAGGACGUUUAAAGGAAGAGGGACAGGGUUGGACGACAUACAGAAGAGCUCGCCAGGCUGCUUCAGUGCGUGUACUAUUUCUCAAUGUUCCUCUUUUUCUGUGGUCAUGGUCGCCCCUCAAUGACACAUUAUAAAAGCAGGGAUGUUGCUCUAAGGGUUCGACAAACUUCUGCUUUUACCUCACCAAUCGGUUUGUUUACAAUUGUAGCUUCAGUAUGAGGAGUGCUCUGUGAUCUCAGUGGUUCAUAACUAACAUCAGCAGACGUCAGUGAGAGUUCAGUUCACGACUUCAGGUGAAGACACAGACGGACUGAAAAUGCCUCGAUCCUCUUAUAAACAGUAAAUCAUGAACAUAGCCUUUAAAUUGGGCUGCCGUCCUCCAUGAUACAAAGGUCUCCUGUGUUUGAAAUGCUGACAUGACAGUAGCUGCUUCUGCACGACAGUCAGGGAGUCUUGUAGCAUUAGGAUCUGUUUAAGCGGAUCUCUGCUGUCCCUGUCGCUGUUAUCCCCUCAGAUAGAACAAAACACAGAGCAGCACAUGUGUCUGGGGUUGAUUGGUUACCAGAUGAGCCACCAAAGCGUUUGUCAGCCAUUACCGCGGCCCAGAGGCCAGGCCUGACAUUUAUCGGUCCUCGCUGUGCCGUCGGCUGUGUUACCUCCCCCCUCAGCUGGAGUAAACCUGUCACUGCAGGGCCUGACGGACAGCAGCCUGGUCGCCUGCUGCCUUCCUCCUCUGCUCAUGGAAUAACCUCUGCCACGCCACAGCCAUCAAUAUGAGCUCCCACGAGGCCGAGCUUGCAAGCCGUGGCGAUGUUGCACCGCUGUUUGCACAGAGCCUGGAACAGCCUGUUUAAAAUGUGGAGUUUGAUGUAUUUGUUUCACAGCGGAUGUUUGUUUUAUUUGUAGCUCAGCAGGUCACCCGCAGCCACUCACUCCGCUGCGGGCUUGUGGAGUGUCCCUGCGGGGAAACCCCAUUUUGUCAUGAAGCCAGUGAUCUCGUCCACUAAAGCUGCAUUUGGCGAGAGCUGUGAGUGCUCUCUGUCAGGCUGCGUCGGGGUGCCCUGCUCUCCUGCGGGUUUGGGAGGGGCUCCUGUGGGUGGGAAACAAGCAGGGUAACUCUGACUAAUGAGACGGCAGCCAUGGUUAAUCUCCAUGGCUCCCUUUAAUCACAGCAUCAUGACGACAACACGCUCCCCACAGAUGAUGCAGCAGGGCCCUGUCUGCGGGGAGAAGCGUAAACACAUCUGUGUUUAGUUUGAAAUCAAAAGUACAGGCCACCAAGUUCAAGAUACUGCCACUACUGCUGAGGAAACCCUGAUCCCCGCUGCUGUGGAUAUACAGUAUGACUGACGGCUUAGAGGCUUAUAUAUAGUGAGGAUGAAUAUCUGGCUGAAGGCAGGGAGAGGAUUGGCUCCCAGCCGAGGUGGAUCGAUCCAUUCUCCUCCCCAGAGGGGCCUUUGAACCUCUAAACACUGCUGUGGACUGAUCCCCUUUCACUACACCCACUCCCAUAGCGAAACACACGGGCUUAUCUGCCAUCUCCAUCACUUACCCACACUUGUGGCCCGUCUGAUGGAUUUCACACUGCAGCUUUUGAUUCUGCUGCCUGGCUUCGAGCGUUUCCCACGUAAAUUCUUCCUCAUGACGAAGAGGUGGUAUAUAGAACAGUAAAUGCUGACUGUAAUCAUAGAAACACGGUGCCAAUCCAUACAAGAAAACAUCAAACCUACAUACGCUCUGCACUAAAGACAGACAGGCUGCUACUGCUGCGGCUUCAUGUCAUAUAAAUGCGACAGAAAUCUACCAAAGCAUCGGGAAAUAACCAAAAGGGACAACGACACAAAGGAACAAUGAUCCAGUCCCUCUACUACAACAAGAAUAUUAUCCAUUGGUGAUAAACUCUGAAUGUUUAAAAAAUAAAAAAAACAACAACAACAAGAACUGGACAGGAACCUGCUGUCUGCCAAACUAAUUAUUAUUCUUAAUACAGAUUUUGCACAACAACCAAACAUAUAAUCCAAGGAAAAAACUGUUUAUCACUUUAUCACAUUUCCUCCAGGGCCACAAAAAAUACUUUGUUUACAAUCAAAAGGGCGCUUUGUUUACAUUUAAUCCAAUAGUAAACACAUGUACAUUUUAUCCACUGAAAGGAAAACCAGAAACUGCAACCAGAAAUGACUUUGUGUACAUUUAAUGUCCCAAAGGGUCUCCAUUGGGCACUUUGUUACUGUAUUUUACCACAUUUUAUUUAAUGUUUUGAUGUGUCUGAGGAAUCUGUUUAAGGAUUUAAAGGACGAGAUAAACUUUGACCACAGGGGGCGCCAUAUUUACCACGACCCUGGAAGUUCCUCACUGGACCUUUAAGCUAUCCCCUUGUUGAUCUAGACUGUUAAGGUUACAGAGACACGCCUUUAGCCUUUACUUAUAUACGUCCUCAGCUGAACCAAUGAGAAGUAGCAGCGGCAGGUUAUCAGCAGCUCAGUGUUUCAUUCAGUCAGUAUUAGUGCGAAUGUUUACAAGCCAAGCUACAUAAAUAACUUCUACCUGGAAAAAGCUACAAACCUCCUCUGUUUGAGAAGUGAAAUCUAACACUGUCAGAUAAUUGUUGAUCAAACUAACAGACGGUUUUAGUUUCUGAAUCUUUACAAAGGGGCGGACUCAGCCGGCACACAGACACGGUCAGCUGUUUAAGUGAACACAUGUGGUGAAGUUUAGUCGACCUCUUAUUAUCCAGAUAAAAAUAAACUAUAAUAGAAGUUUUAGUUUGUGAAAUGUUUAGUGUGUAUUCUAGAGAAAAUGGAAAUUGUGUGCGUCUAAUAUUUGGCUUGGACAUGUCGACAUGUUGAGGUUUUAUUUGACUGUAGAUGAAGUAAAAGAAUAUUUGAUCAUUUAGCGAAUUAUAAGGAAGUCUUUCAGUGAAGAUGUCCAAUCAAAGUGAAGGAGACGGAGUCUGUGUUUGUGUGUCUGCUGUUGUGGGGCCACUACUGUUGCUCUGCUCUGGCUGCUGUGAAACGGCCUGUGUGUGACUGCAGAGAUAACCCCUAUCAGCAGCUGUUGGCUGCUUUGUUGUCGGAGCGGGGCUUUGUUUGUUUUGGUUCCACAGGCGUGAGAACCUCCUCUCCUCUGGCCGGUUUCCCUCUGCUAACGGCGGCCCUCCCUGACUAAUUACUGUGAAAACCGACAGAAGAGAAAGUCGAGAGCGGCGUGUUCUCAUGUCUGUUUUGUGUGAAGCUGACAAACACCAGUGGCUGUGGUUGUGGUCUGGAUACCUGCCUGUAAACUUGCAGUGCAUGCAGAGCUGCAGAUUGUAGCAGAGGCUUUAGGUUGCUUUGCUUUUAUGUUGAUUCCUAUGUAGUAAGAUGUGUGGGAACUGUUCUGGUGGUCCGUGGGAGGAAGCUGUAAAAAGGAGUCCUGCUAUGUUUGUACUAAAGGUCAAGUGCUGUAUGCAUCAGCUCUGACUGUGAAGUCCCACAUGCGUCAGAAGAAAGCAGAAUGAGCAAAGAGUGGAGCCCGGAGCUCCUGAACUGUACAUCUACAACAGAAACGUCAAGAAACGAGUGGGAAUAGAAAGAGACAGACCACUCAGGUACUUUAAAUAGUCAGUGUGAGUUUUUAUAGACUUUAUAUGUGUCUGUACAUGGAUGAAAAAGAUGACGUAGACUCUAGAUUUUAAAAAGUGAAGCCAAUGAGGAGGAGCUCUUAACCUGCUUCUCUCUGUUGGCCAGCAGGGGGCGACUCCACUGCCUUUAAAAUAAAGUUAAAAUGUAUGAAUCAAGGUGGAAAACUGCUUCACUUACCUGAUUAUCUUUUUUAUGUAAAUGUAAGAAGUUUAUAAACUCAGUUACUGUUAGAAUUUAUUCAUCAUUAUUACAAUUUUUAAAAGAUUUUCAUGUUUGGAGUUUAUUAACCAGCUGAGUAGGAUGAAAUAAAAUGAUUCCUCCAGUAAUGCGAACACUCUUUAUUUUGUAGUAGGCGCUGAAUGCUGUCAAUAACAAGUACUAGACUCUGAUUAGCCCUACAUGCCUUACCUUUAUAUAACAGUUAUACAAACACAGCUAAUUAAACGGAGCUGCAUUUUUAGAUGAAUUCAUUAAAUUAUUAGCAUUAUCAUUGACUGUCUGAAAAGAAAGAGCUCUGAAAAAAAAGUUAUUUAGAUUUCCAGUUUUUACACAUGUACGAUUGUUAAACUGUAAGUAGAUGUUUUACUUCAUAAAUUAUUUGUUAGUAAACAUAAAACAAAAUAAUAUCUUCUGUACAACAGACAAAAGACAUUUAUUUUAGUUUAUUUCCACUUAUUGGCAGCCCAGCAGAGACUGAACAGUAGUUUUCUGUUGUAAUCGUACCCACCAUUAAACCUCCUCCUGCCAGUACGAGCGUCACUUUUUACUGUUUUUCUGAGACCGAGUAAAAGUUCAGCCCACUCUUUUCUUUAUCUUUCAAAUAACAUGAUUAGUUUGCAAAUUUGACUCAAACCACAUUGUUUACUCUGUGCCGCCAUCCAGGGGCGUGUCCAGACUUUUUUAUCGGGGUGGCCCAAUUUAGUUACUCACAUCUGGGUGGCCACAGUAUGUGUGCAUACAGAUCAGCAUUUACCCUCUCUGUCCUUAAUAUUUACAUUAAAGACUAUCAUUUAAGUGUUGAAGAGAUAAAAUAUCUCUGAGAAUAGUUUGUUCAAUAAUAAUUAAUAAUAAUAAAAUGUGUAAAUUUAUUUAGAUUUAGCAAUAAAACAAGAUAAUAUGAUUAAUCUGUGCAUGGACUUUUUAUUAGAUUACUUUAUGAGUCACCAGGAUACUUGAUGACUAAAUUAAUCACUUACUGCAGGAUUUACAUAGCUGCAUUGUUAGCUUGUUCAUGAUGACUUUUACUCUUUUUGUUGACCUCUACAUAAGAGUACAAACGUAAAAAUCCAUGUUCACCCCGUCAUCCAAACAUAGUGACUUCCUGCUCCAGAAACAGAAAACAGCUGAAACAAAAAUCAAAUAAAAAACACUAAAAGUAUAAGUCCAGCACACACGGCUCAGUAGAAGUUGACUCCAGUCACCUUUCAUACGGUCUUGAGCGCAAACAUUGACACCGCUGCAGGUUUUUAUGUGUAAUAAUAAUAAUAAUACUGAUCAAUCCAAACAAGCAGCAGACGUGCUGUAUAUGAUGCUCUGCAGAUAACAAGCGAGUCCCUCCCUCUCCAAGCUUUUUGUAAUCAGUGUAAUUAGUCAUUAGCAGAAUCAAAAUGGUGCUUAGCCAAAGUGAGAGUGUCACUGUACACAGGGGUCCAUUACAGCCCGACCAGCUGGCUGGAUUCCACCAUGAUGUCGGCAGCAGAGGGAUUGGAGUGCUGCUGUGGAGAGGGAGGGGACGAGGGAGGGAGGGCUGACAGAGGUGAGGAGAGAGGAGGAACUGAGGGGGAGGGGAGCGUUUUCCUGAUGGAAAGUGAGAGUCAGGGUGACGGGAUGGGUGGGGGUUAAUAACAGUGAAAAAAGACCCUCAGCUCUUUCACACAAAUACAUCCUGUUGCUGCGGAGCCGCUCAUGCAAGAAGAACUUAUUUUGAUUAAAAAUUGAUGAAGAUUUAUUUUGUUAAUUAUCAGACUAAAAAGAUGUUUACUGAAUGAAACAAGCUGAAGUCAGAGUCUUUUAUUAGCUGCAGAAGUCGUUAAUGUGGCGUAACCAACUCCCAAAGGUCAAGAGUGUCAUUCAACAGUCAGAUUACAAUGAGAGAUGACUAACUGGGAAACCUCAGCAUGUUAACAGUGAUGACGUUCGGUUAAAUCCCUCAGUAAAGGUCCUGCUUCCUCUGCAGAGCGGUCUCGUUGGCGCUCCGUCUCCAUCCUUAUUGCGUUUCAGUGAUGAGCAGCAGCCUGCACAGCCUCUGGCGUUGGUAGCAGAGCAGCUCUCCACAUCUCCUUUUAACUUCUAAUCCAGUCAGUCAACACUUUUAACUUCCAAAGUGGAUAUCAAACUCUUUUAUCAGUGAUUCGCCUUUAAAGCUGCUCACUCAUGUGCUGGCUUAUCGGGUCGGUCUCAGAGGUCGCUCAGAUUGUCGUCCGCCUCGGCCCGUCGGCCUUCAGCUGCCAGGAUGAGAGUCAAACAUCCUCUAUCAAAUGUCAGAGUGAGCUUCCCUCCAGAUCCUGCUCACAUUUAUGGACAUAUCAUCCUGAGAUGUGGAUUAAAUUCUCAUGUCUCCUCUCUCCUCUUGUACCAGAGCCUCAUAGAAAUGGGAGAGCAUGUUCUUCUGAGUCGUGACUGUCGUCGUGAUAAACUGUGAUGAAUAGAGUUGUGUUGUGUUUGCAUAGCUUUCAAGCUGAAGCACUCAGGAGCGACGAUGUUCAGUGUUGUGGCAGUAAAAAGAGACAGUGUGUACUCGUCUUUGAUUUACAGGAGUGUGUGGUCCAACGUUUACAGAAACCUCUGAGUCUUCUCUGUGAGCUGCAAACUUCAAACCUCCUUGAUCAGUCUCAGAGAAACCACAGAAACACAGCGUAGGACUUUUUGUUUUCCGUCUCAGCAUUUUAACUCACUUUCAAAAAAAAAAAAAAAAAAAACACACACAGCUCUCCUUUAGCUCACUUUGGCGCAGUUGCAGCAUGACAAAUUGCUAAAUCCGAAAACCGGGGUGGCUCUUUGAAAGCAUCUUAGUGGUACGACAGUCGUCAUUGUUCCAGUCAGAGCCACUGUAAUGGUAAAAAAAGAGAUCCUCCUGAAGUGUGAACACACAGGCAGGAGUCCCAACGCUGCUGAGAGCCCUUUACUCCAACAGUUUAACAACUACAUCAUCAUGAGGAGCCAUUUUCUACCCAAUAUCCUUAAAAAAGAACAUGUUUUUACCUCCUGAGACUCUCAAAGUCAGCUCUCUUUAUUUUACUCCAGCCACUUUGAAAUGAAGAUAUCAGGGUUUCACAGUCGUGCAGUUGUAGGAGACAAAAUAAAGUUGUUGAAAGUAUUAUUUCUACAGGUACGUCACUUCCGGGGAUCGUCACUGAGGGGUGUGGUUUUGGGGAUGUUUGGCGAGUUAUUUAAAUCUCAUGGGUGUAGUCAGACAAUGGUUGUGGUGAGCUCUGAUAAUUUUCUGUUGACCGUUUUUCACCGUUUCACUCAUCCUGUUUUAACCUCAUUUCAGCAUCUCCCUUUUUUUAUUUGAAGGAAAAGGUUUUGGACCUGGAUCAGCGUGUUGUCUUCACUUUUUUUAACACUCAAACUGGACUGAUAAUUGAAUGAGUCACAAAUGCAAGCGAACCUAAACCCCAGCAGCCUUUUUUGUCGCUACAGCAAUAGUUAAAUGUAGAGAAAAGGGGAUGCCAGCAGCCUGGGUUUGAUUCCGCCCUGUGGCCCCUUCCCUGCACGGUCUUGGUGCUCUGAAAAGGCCUCUGGGUCAACCUGUGUCUCUCUUUUCACCAGCAUGCCGCUCUCUUCUCCACCAACAGCUAAACAGACUUCCUGAGAAUACAAGAAACAGACUUUUCCAAACUGCAGCACUCUCUUGUUUGGAGCUGCUUACAUUCUGCACACAGAGUUCCUGUCUGGACGGUCUGAUAGAAACGGGAGGAGGAAUAACAGCGUCCAGGCCUUGGACAGGCACGUUUUCACAGCCCCUCACACUCUGUCUAACCCCCUACACAAAAAACAAUCACUUAUUUUGAUCGUUUGCAGCCCGGGCCGGUGUCUGCAGAAUAUUAAUGCGAGUCUGUCUCUGUCUCCUCCUCCCCUCCCUCUGCGUCACCUGUAAGUGCCUCUAAAUCAUUGUUCCUGCUGAGAGUCCAGGUCCUGUGGCUGGUCAGUGUGAGGGACGUCCUGCCGAGCCUGUGAGGUGAAUAAUAUUUGCCAGGUGCUCCAGCCGGGGACCCUACAACCCCGACUGUUGCUCUUGGAACGAGCCCCUCACACACCAUCACUUUUUCUGACGUUUCAUUAUUAAUGAGCUCUCACAAACUCUCCAAGGAUUUAUAACAGCGGAGCCUCAAGGUGAAUUUUUAUCAGACUUCAAUGGUAAUUGCUUCUGCUCUCUGCUGUCCUUUAUAGGGAUGCACUGAGUCAGAGAGAUGCUUGUCAGUAAGGAAGGGAAUGAAAGAGGCCACCACUACAUCUCAGAGGUCGAUGUAUGCUGUUUAGAGCUGAUUAUUAAAGAACCAAAUAAUAAAGUAACAGACCUGCAGUAAAAUAAAUCUGUGUCAUAAAAACUGAAGGAUUUGAGCUUUUUUUACCGCUGACAUUUCAGGUCCAACUCAUUGUUCAGACUUUUCAAGCUUUUAUAAAAUAACGUUGAGACCUGAACUCAGAACGGUGUUGUAGCAAGAUGUCAGAUAUCAGAUGUAAGAAGACCACACAGACUACUGAGUAUUGGUUUAAUACUUAAUGAUAUCUAUGUGAUGAUUAACACAGUAACCCUUGGUGAUAGGUUAGUACCUGGAAGACGAUGGUUCAUUCAAGGAGAGAGUUGGACAAGAGACCAGAGAGGAGCCGGAAAUUGCUUUUUAGAAUGAUGUGAUCUAAUAUUAACAAAACAACCAGAGUGCAGAUAUAUGCAGUGAGGAAAUGACCAUUAAGGCAAAACAAUAAUAACUUACGCAACAAUUAUUCACCAUACAGUCCAAUUGAACACCAAAAACCCAAGCAACCCACCCACAGUUCAUCAAAGAAAGACUCACAUCUGAGAACAAGUCCGGACUUUAUGGAGAAGGGGGAAUGUGUGUGUGCGUGCGUGGGGGGGCUGAUUGAAUGAAUGGGUGGGUGUAUGAGUUUUCAGUGGGCUACAGUGAGCCCCCUACCAGCCUGGCAGGAGAGGUGAGGAUGAGGCGUAAUGUCGCUGUAGCUCCUAAGCUCGCCAUCUUUUGUGGACCUGACCUGGGGAUCAGAACCUCAGUUAAAAUAAAUCACUAUAUAUAAAUAAAUAUACACAUAUACAAUUAAUCAACAGCAAGUUCCUGUGUAUACAUUAAAAGCACUUAAAGCACUAGUUGAGCUGUAGUUCAACUGUAGCUGUAACUUCAAAAAAUUAACUAAACGGUUGACAUUAUAAACAGUCAUUAAACAGAAGAAAAAAACAACAUAUUUCCAUCUGAAUGCAGUCAAAGACGUUUUGUUUUUCAUGUAGAGAAGCGGCACAUCUGUAAACAUACAGUUAAGCUAACCGCUGUCAUUGAAAUGAAUGGGCUCGGCUAAGCUAACGCUAGCACGCUAACAAUAACAAACUCACCUGUCCUCGGUGAUUAGCCGCACAACACCGUUCUUCACAUCGUCGAAAACAGAAGUAAAGGCGCGGUAGAAGGCUCCUACAAACUGAUAUAAGGACAGAGUUUAAAGACGUUUGUUGUUUACGUAAAACCGUUACGAUGGAGAUGAAGCAAAACUCACCUGUAGCCUGUCGCUGAUAGCGCUCCGCCAUUACUCCUCCUCCUCAGACCGAGCUGCAGUUCGCGCCAACACAGAUGGCUGCGUGACGUCACAAAACACUCAACUAUUACUGGUCGAAGCGAUACCGCGAGAUACUACAAGAAACCGCGAGACUAGGUGAUAUUUACCGCGAGAAACUACUAAUGUGUGUGCAAAAUGGCGGCGCUGUCUGCUCAGAUUUACCUGGAUUACACUGUCUCUCACUUUUUAACCCAAAUUAUUUUAGCUAGUUUGCUCUUCUGAUCGCUGCAGCCUCUCUCUGUCUCCCUCUCUCUCUCAUGCGACAAUCCUCAGUCUGUCACACCCAUAGAUAUAUCUAUAAGAAAGGCUAGAUGACUCUACGAGGUGGAGUCACAAGCGUCCCUGAACGGCGACCAUCUUACUCCAGUACACCAUUCUGGUCCGCUCUAUGGUAGCUGAAUGGAGGUGAGUAAUCUACAUGAUCAAAAAUACUCUUAACUCGCUGAAAUCCUGACAGAUUUACAAAUGGUUUAGUUUAUUACAGACCCCAAUAACGUGGCUAUGAGUCGGGAUGUUUGGACAUAUUAAAAAGGCAGAUUUGAGAAAAAAAAAGAUUUAAUCAUGAAGCACAGUAGGCCUAUCACAGAUAUUUGCGCGCAAGGGAUAACUUUGAGUCGCUCAGAAAUAAAUAUUUAUGUUAUUGUGAUAUGUUAUUAUAGUUAUCCCUAAAAUAGAAAUAUUACUAAUAUAAUAUACAUGGAAUGAUUCAAUGUUUUAUAUAUAAAUGGUUUAAUAUAACUGCCUUGUGUUUGUAGGCCUAUAGCUAUUGCUCUGCCUAUCUGUUUAAUGUUUAUUAAUGUAAAUCCAUGGUUAAAAUUAUUCUUGAGUAUACAGGAACAUAACUAAAACCCUGAGGUUUGUUACAAAUCAAACCAUUUGAAAAAUUAAUCAAUCUAUGUUUAUUUAAAUGAUACAUGCACCGUAGACUGUAAUGUUAUGAGUGGGUGAGCUUCCCGUAGCAAGAUGGCCACCAUGCACCACCUGGAUUACAAUGUCUCCCACUUUUUAACCCAAAUGUUUUUGCUGGUUUGUUUUUCUGAUCGCUGCAGCCUCUCUCUCAUCCUCAGUCUGUCACACCUGCUCCUCCUGCUCCUCUCCCUGCUCUCCUCUCCUCCUCCUCCUCCUCCUGAAAACCUGACACAGUUAAGACCAUCUCCAGAUCUGGGUUUAGAGUGAAUCAUUAUCUUGAUUUAGGUCAUAAAAUCCUUUAGUUGUGCUGACGCUGAACUACUUUUGUCACAUAAGGAUGACUCUUCCCACCCACUCCCUCCAAAUGAGUGUGUUCAUUUCCAGUACUUCAGAUCAAACCAAAUACUCCUGCCCACUUCUCUCAGAUUCUUGUGUUUGUCAAAGGAAGUAAGGAUGUAUGAUGUUGGAUUUUUGCUGAUAUACAGUAUGCAAAUAUUCUCAAACUCAUUUUUGCUGACACUGACACUGUAAUGAAUCUAUACGUCUUUUUUUUUUUCAUUGCAAUAGCAGCAAAGCUUUUCCAGUCACAGAAUUGACCUGUUAAAACCAACAUGCAGGCUGUCAUUGGAUACUCGGAAUUCAUUCGUCCUCUUUUUGGACCAUAUUCAUAUCUGCAGAAAUUUACAUAUCAUCCCAGUAAUACUGUGCAUCCCUAAAAGGAGGAUCUGGCAAAGAUAUACGGCGUUGCAUUUAAAUUGCAAAAACCAUCCAGCAGGUUUUUCACUGUAAUGAGGAUUGAAAGUGAUUGGAGGUAGAAAAAGCAUGGAAAAGGUGGGAAUGACAGUGUCCUCAGCAGAGUCUGUGGUCAUUAUUCACUGGGCUCCAUGUCUCUUUGCCCUCUCUCUGACAGUGACAGUGCAGCAGAUGGGACGCAGCAGGUAGACAGUCAGAGUCUGAAGGUUUUCACUGAAACAUUAAAUCUGCUUCCAGCUUCGCAAAAUGUGAGAAACUGGAGCGUCGCCAUAAUGCAAAUAAUACAAGGCCUUCAGUGUGAAUUCUGCUCGACAUGUGAGAAUUACCAACUUUGUAAAAGUGUCAGAUUUAACACAGAUAUACAUGAAAGUGACGAAAAACGAGUUUUCUGAAACAAAAGUCUUCAGAUAUAAAAAUAGACCUGAGCUAACAACCCGGGAAUAUCUUCAUCCCAGCAGGUUACAACGAAUCAAUGAACCAUUUAAAGAUCUUACAAGUCCAGAUCUGUGAGAGUGCAAACAUGGUGCAUGUCUACAGAUCAUACUUUAACUUCUAGGUUUGUAGAUGGGCACAUAUAGACCUCCCCUCUGCAUAAAUCCACUCAAACCCCCUCUAAUGUCCAGCUGUGCCAGUAUAUCACUCUCACACUGAAGGUCAAACAUCUGAGUGAAGAGGGAGCUUUUAAGUGAUUCAUGAGCUUUCAGCUUCUACUUACCUCUGACCGCCUGAAAGGUGAGCGUCAGGUGUGUCUCCUGUUUAAACUAAAGGUGAAAAUUCAAAAGACUCUCUGUGAAGGAUCUUGGAAAUCUUAACCAUCAAUUAUCGGUUCCUGCUUAAAAAGACAACAUGCAGAGCAGACAUGUUAAAUAAUGUUUGCAGAUAUAUAAUCAUGUGGAGUCUGGCUCAUGUGACUAAACUGGAGCAACAAGAAAAUAUUUAAAAUGCAUUUUUUACUUUUCUGCAAACGUAAUAUUAAAUAAAAAAAAACAUGUCUACGGUGAAGCUCAAUAGUUACUGCUUUUGCACCAUAAUCUACUUCAGUGGUACUCACAUUGGUCAAAAUACUACUAUGACAGCAUUAAUGUCUGCUGCUGUGAUAUGCACAACUAAAACAUCUAAAACCAAACAUGCAGCACCGUCUAUUUCUGCAAUACUCAUCAAGACUCAAUCAGUUUUUCAGAUAGUCUUCUCGAGUCAUGCACUAAGCAACAUGCAGUUUUUGUGCAGAUGUGCAGCUCUUUCUAUUAGCGCUAACAGUAAAGUAGUUACGCUCAGUCUAAGGAGAUAUUGAUAGUGUCAGGGUUUCAUGUUGAGUAUGUCUUCUUCACCGACUGUCAUGGAGGACAACUGUGGCAUAGUUCAGUCAAUAAAACAGUAAAGGUGUCCACCUGUAAUUGGAGCACGUUUGUCUUCAUUAGUUACUUUUGAAGCUCAGACUUUUGCAGCAUCGUCUCCACUUCUUCUUCCCAUGCUGGCCUGUCACUGUUUGUCCUUCAGAACCGAGCUAACAGGAGAAUCCAGCUGAGCUUCUUGUCGCAUGUCUCCAAGUGAAACUUCAAACUUUGCUGUGAAUGGUUCAUUACUCUAAGCCCAGUAAUCCCUGUUCCUUUGAGUGCAACAAAAAUUGAAUUUCAAAGUUGACCCUCAUCUGCUCUCGAGUAAUUAAGCCCUCCCACAAAAUCAGGAAUGAUUUAUUCAUCAUAGUUUUAUAUAAAUUAUGGAUGCUUCUUGCAGCUAUUAGCGCCUGGAGAGCAUGAAGUCGUGUGCUUGAACUGAUGUUACCCUGCGAGCGACGUUUCAUCGUGAUACAAUAUCCAUUUACUGUGACGUUAAUAAUCGUAUUUCAGUAGCUUUCUGUUCCCUCUGCUUCACCACAACUCCGCACAAAGUGGGUUUGUGAAAUUAGCUUUGGCCCUGGGAGUGAAGGUCUCACUGUUACACCUCUGUUAGCCUCCAUACAGUCUGCCAUUGUCGAGUUUAAGCUCCAAGAUGGAUAGAAAACUUUCAGCCCCUUUAAAACGAGGACGUGACCCUGAUUUUAUUCCAGUUCUUGACUUUUAGCCUCGACAGGCUGGGCUGGGCGACCUGAAUCUCCUCCGCUCCUCUCAGAGGAUUUUACAAUCAAAUUUAGGAAAAGUGUACAUCUACAAAUGUGGCCGUAAAAAUAAUUGAGCUAUUAAGAAGAGCUAUUAAUACUGAGUACAUGACUGUCUCCAUUAAUUUUGGAGCGCAGAGGAGAUGUGAUUACACUUGUGAUUCAGCGGGGAGAAGGUCUGGGCUUCUUAAAAACUCCUUGGGAAAGAGGAAGAUAUUUAAAGUGAAGUUGUGUUUGUGAAAGUAUUAUCUAAUUUCCCUUCUCUGCAGGGUGAUGUGACCUCUGACCUCUCUCACACCAUUUUACUGCUGAUCCUUGCUGACUGCUGCGGUCUGCAGCGGUGACACUGCGCCGUUAUGUAGCCAGACGUUUCCUCUGAUAAGACCUGACUGUGUCUGACGGCGGUUAUAAAAGCCUGUCUCAGCAAACUCAUUUACUUCACGCUGAUCGUCUCAGUGAGUCAGGCGCCCUUUUAUUUGUCAAACGUAAUAUUCGGAGCGUGUUUUUCCUCCCGGUGUUUCCUGUGAAAUGGAAGGUCUCCACGCCAUGAUGUAAUGUGUCAGAAAUGGGUGUCCUUGUUUGACGGUGUGGCGUUCAGUCAAGCUCAAGGCGAACUCCACCUCGACCUCGACUGCAGCUCAUUAAUCCUGCUUCACCGUUCAUGCCUGAGCGUGCUCCUCUACACUUUUGCAGAUCAGUCAUAUUUUUAUUCACGUGCACCAAUGUUCUCGGUUUUCUCGCUGAUAUUCAAAGACAAAAGUCAAAGUUGUAGAGGUCGUCGGUGAGAGGAUGAUAAAGCUUCAUAACCCCCAAUUUCCACCUUCAUCCUGAUCGUCUCCUAAAAGGUCGUAUCCUCCGAUCGUAGCUGAUCGUAACCAUUCAAGUUAACGUGUCAAUUUACACCGACUUCUUUCCGUUCCUCUGCGGAUCGCCGGACUCCUCAGCUGAUCACAAGAGUUCUAUUUUUUCCUUUUUCGGACGGAGACGAACAAGUGAAAGGUUUUUAGACGUCAUUUCACCCCGAUGACACCAUGGAUGAGGAGAUGCUGAUUCUAGAUUUCCUCCUCUGGAAGGACACAAUCUACUGCUUAUAUGUCUAUGUGUCUGUCUUUAUAGAGACAACUCGUUAUCGCGUGAUUGAACGUGAAUCUGCGGGUUUUUGUGAGUUCUCGUGAUUCCUGCUGUCUAUAAUCCGCCACAAAAUUCACCUCAAAAACUGAUCCCGUAGGAAAAUCGCCAUCGUUCUGGAUCCUGAGGGUUUUAGCCGUAGUUCUCCUGCAGGCGGAGGAGCAUGUAUGUGUGCUGUGUCUGCAAAUAGUGCAAGAACAAAUCAGCUGUCUUAUGGCGGCGUACGCUGAAAUCAGCAGAUCGCUCCGUCUGCAGGAAACUGUAGCUUAGCUUGCACACCGGCUCUCAGAGCAGUUUCCCAUUAAAGGGGCGGAGCUGUUUGGCGUCUGUUGUGGCUAAAACACGACAACUCUGCAGCAGAUUAUUAAAGGUGCAGUCCACGUAUUUGAGCGUGGGAUAUCUUCCUCUUCCAGUUCGACCUUCUCUGUCGUUGCACUUGGAUAUAAGUGGUCUUCACAAAGCGUGAUUGAUUCUGGGCGCCGACAUGUAGCAGUUCGCGUUGCAUGUUCAGGGUGGCAGAGGUCAUCUGACGGAGAACGACGGGAGCUCCGCCUCAAAGUCUGACGGCGUGCGACCAUCAAUCAGGUCUCUGCUGAGCGAGUGAAACGGCCUCACUGAUGAAGAGUCUGUCGAGCUGCUGUGACGGCCGACAUGAAAUACUGAGCGUUCACAGAUAAGAACUGCAUCACGCCGAGUGUCGGGCGAGUGCGCGUUUCACUUUCUCCUGUGUUAAAUGGCGGAGGGAGGGGUCUGCGUUUCAAGGUCAGCGUGAUGUGUUUGUUGUCAUCAGGAGAAAUCACCAUCUGAGUUUAAAUACGACAUUAUUUACCCAACAGGAAAUACGAACAUCCAUCUCACAUGUUUUUGAUAGACGUCACAACAGGACGCACACAUCCAUGAAUCACAGACGAUAAAACCAUGAAGUGAAAGAGUUAUCAGCGCCUCUCUGUUACAUAACAGUCGCCGAGCUCCAUUAGACGCACACAGGGACCUGGACUUGGUGGUCCUUUAACAAAGCGUGUCCUCCUGAACUGAAAAGGAGAGACAGACGGAGAUUUCAGUAUUUUUGAAGAAACAUUCUGGAGGACGAUCAUCUCAAACAUAGAUAUGAAAAAGUGUUUGUUCGGUUCAGAAAGACGAAGAAAAGACAGAAAAUAAAAAGAUGUUUUCAGAGAUAUGUCGCUUUCUUACACUUGAUCUUUAAGGUGGAUUUCCUUUGAGAUGGAGGUACCAACGAUGGUCCAAAGUCAGCCCGGGUUUGAGACCCCUGAUUGGACACGAUGGUGCACCAGCUGAGCGUAACUUUUACAAGAGGGUCCAUCUUUACUCAGGAUGUUGGACUACGACGUACCUGAAGAUCUGUUUAUCAUCACUGCAGGUUUACAUCUGCGAAGGAGGAGAGCAACUCAGAGAUCAGCUGAUGGCUUCAAAAAGAGAAAUCCAAAAAUGAUUAUCAAGUUUACUUAGUUUGUUUUACUGAAAGGUCUAAAAGCUCAAAACAUGUCGAACAGUGAGUCCCACUCAGCUACGAAACAGGAUAAAGUUUUGUGCAAACAGACUUUCUGUCGUGAAAGUUCGAUGUUUGAUUUUGCUCGGUGAUGAUGUGGGAGAGGCAUGUGAGGUUCUGAUAUUCUGGUUUUUCCAUUCAGUUCUUUAAUAUGUCGUGCAGCUUCACUUGGCAGCUCUGGGCUGGGAUUGGACGGAUGCCAGAGUGAGAGCGCUCUGAAGCACGCCGCCAUGAGAAGUCAUCACUUGGCAGCUGUCAGAGAUGGGAAGAAAUGUUGUGAUAUAAUAAAAGCCUCUGAAGUGCAUGGAGGAUAAGCAGGCAAGAAAUCCCAGAUAAUUAGAAAAUGCUGCACACCCAUGUUUGUGAGGAGCCGCUCUGAUUAAAUGGGAGAAGCUCUUAUCUUUAAUGGUGGAGCUAGCAUUAGCAGGAUUGGGUCUGACCGUCUGAAAGUGACUCCUCUGCUAACGAGAAACCUGUUCGCUGUAACCCUGCUGGCCUGUGACACCGAGCCAAGGCUGCAGGUUUGUGCACGUAUACGUGUGUGUGUGUGUGUCAUACAUGCCUGGAGCGGUGCCUCCAUCUCCCUCGCCCCGGUGACUCGACGGCUCGGCGCUGACACAUUAACGAGGUCCCUGCUGGACGUGAUGAAGGCUGAAGUGGUGUGAAGUGGAAACACACGAAUUAAGGGACGCUCACCUCUUCAGCCUGCAACACCUCUCUCUCUCUCUCUCUCUCUCUCUCUCUCUCUCACAAACACACACACACACACACACACGCACACACACACACAAAGUGAGUCAUAGAGGCUCCUUGGCAGAGCUGAAGCUGCUCAGCUGAGUUUGGUCACGACGUCCAGCGAGUCAGAAGGUUGUUUCAGGGUCUGUUGCUUCACCGCAGUGCAGGAGCUGGCAGGUGGACAAGACUGUAACUUCAUUUUCUCAACAUCUUUUUAUCCAGCCUGGCUCUUUCUUUUUUUUGUUACCUGAAGUGCAAACUCUGCACAAGAGAGAGCACCGUCCCUGGCCCGCUCCCCUUGGCCGCGGUGUGGGGGAGUUUUUGGAGGUGAAGGGGGCUGCUGUAUUAGUGAGGCCUGUUUUACUGCAGUGAAGCUAAGGGACCGAGUCAGACAUCCUCUUUUCGGUUGUUUUUUGGCAGGAAACUUCCCCUCAUCACAUGCAUCCAUCAGCACCGCCUCCCUCCUCCUUUUUUCCUUCCCUUUUCUUUGACCUCCUCUCCUUCCUUCCUUUUCCUGCAGCUUCCUCCUCUUUUUAACCCGCUCCCCAUUAAGGCUACGCAAUAUUGCAAAAAACUAACAUUGCAAUAUUUUUCAACCCUGCGAUUUACAUUAUGAUAUUAAAAAACAGAGGAAUUUUUAUCAGAUGAGCUGAAAUCUGAAUGUUAGUAGACCGUCUUCUGUCUGUCUCAGAGAUAUUUUAAGUUUUUAUUAUUCUGGGACUUUAUUGUGGAAACAGAUGAACUCAGAACACGUGUUUUAGUCGACAUCAUCCUUCUUAUAACCGAAAUAAUUCCAGAUAACUGAUGUUGAUUUUCUUUUUAGCAACUCAUCCUCAUCUUUGGUGGUUUUCUCAUUUUACAAUCGUUGUCGUUGUUACCGGUGUUGUGCUGAGAAUUGCAUCCACCUUGCUAAACACGCACCGCUUACAGUAGAGUGGUCCACAGAAAUGUAUAAUUUCAAACCCAUACAGUUAUUUGUUGGGAUAAACUGUGAUGAGGAAUGUUCCCAUGUUGUUUCUCGGCACAACACCGGCAGCGCCAGCGACCCACUCCAUGUGUGGGGGCGUGGUUUCCUCCUCUUUGAUUUUGAUUGACAGCUGGCAGGGUAGUCUGAUUGGCAACUGAGUAAAGAACGAAUGUAGCGUAUCUCAGUCAGCUACCCUUAAAAUCAGAUGAGCUCGUUAUUCUCUGACAUCGCAGGCUCUGACAUGUGACUAUACCGCACACGUACAUCGCCAUGACGAUGCUCAAACGACAUAUCGUGCAGCCCUACUCCCCACUUUUGUUCCUCCAUCAUGUUGUGAAGACAAAAGAGGACGAGCGUGUUUAAGGGAAUCCUUUUCACUCCUGGAAGUCAUCAUAAAGAGGUGCAUUCUGGGAAAAUCAAAGUGUCAUCUGAGUGCAGGAGAUGAUCUUGAGUGUUUAAAGCGGCUUAAAUCCGGCCUGUCAUCCUCAUUAGAAUGGUCUGUGAUCUCUGGUAUUUGUUAACAGGCAGAUAACGCCCUCACGCUUUGAUGUUCAGGUACGACGGCGUCUUUGAAACAGAUUCUCUGACAUCAUCUAAAGCCUCCGGGGUUCACGAGUUCACUCCUUAUCCUGUUGGUAUAAGUGUACGUUCAGAUGUUUUCAGGCACAUGCUUCCUCUCAGUCUCUGAUGCAUUUUUAAACCGCUCUGCAGCACUCGGCCCCUUCAUCUUCAUCAUCAUCAGCGCCGGUUUAUUGUUUGUGCAGACCCCCCCCCCCUGCUCUUUUUUCUGAGAUGAAAGUCCUUUUUUCACGCUGAGCUCUGGGGUUUAUGUGGAAACAUCAAACGCACUUCAAUUAUUUUAUUUCCCCCCAUACAGUCGGAGUCAUUAGCAUAUUCAUCAUGUGUUCACUCUUCACAUGUGGGAUAUUAUAAUACACUGAAGCUGAGCCUCUCACAGCUCUGUACAUCUCUCUGUCGGAGCGAGAGAUGAUCAGCUGUUUGAUGAGGAGAAGAAAGACUGUUGGACCGAGGAACCGAACUGUGUUUUUAUGUGGAUCUGAAUCAGAACCUAAGCUCGGAGAAACUCUGAAGAACUCUUAAUAAGACCGGAUUCUGACCGAAGAUUUCUCUGUAAAUAAAACCUCAGUUUCUGUCUGCUUUUGCACCGCCACACUGAUGGCUGAUAUGAACCUUUACAAUGUAGGCCCCGCCUCCUUCCUUUAGCGGUGGGAACGCUGUAUUUGUUGUGGAGACGUGCAAGAUAAGAUGUUGGUGCAUUCAGCCUGUUUGAGUGAACAGACUGGUGAUGAUCGGCUGUUAGCAAACACCAGUACGAGUCAUUACUUUAAAUUACCGUUUUAUAAAAUUACAUCAACGUUAUUGUUUUAUUGACUCGACCAGGAGCUGUCCUGACCUGCAGGGUUUAACUCCAUCUUUGAAUUUUCAGAAAAAGGUUUAUUUUCGAUCCUCUCUACAUGUCCUGGUCGUCCCUGUUCUUCCUGCAGCCUGAAAGAGUCCAGAGGAAACACGAGGAUAAAAUAAAAAGGUUUUUCUGUUGAAGUUGAAGUGAGAUCAGGGUGAGAACAGUGGGCUGUGGUGGGCUGUGUCUGCUAUGAAAGAACAAAAAGCCACUGAACAGGGAGGUGUGCUUCAUUUCACACAAGACACAAGCUGUGGCUGCUGAGAGCUCAGACUGAAACAGAAACUUUUAGAGUUUUUAUCCUUCUGCUCGGUUUUUGCUCUAAAUCUCUGAGUUUUGGUUUCUUUGGAAACAGACUUCGUUUGUUUGAGACCUGGACCGCUGAAGUGUUCUGCUCAGCUGCACAGGUGUGUGUCACACAGUGUUUAAACUUAUACCACCAACUACAGGUGUGCACACGUACUGCAGCGGUUUGAGUCAUUUUUGCAGAUUCAUGUUCCUGUGAGUCAUUUUCACAUCUGAACAUCGAGUCCUCUAACACAGGAGACCCAACGGCUCUGGCUGCCCCUUCUUUACAGAAGAGGAGAGAAAACCUCCGUAGAUGAUUCCUCCUUCAAAGAUGGUGUGAGAAGGUGAAGAACAUGUAGGUUGGAGGUUUGUGCCGUCACGAGGGACUACGCUUUUAAAAACUGACCUGAAGAGCCGUUUGGGAGAUGAACGAAUCAGUUUUUUAUCACCAGGAGCUUCUACGAACGAGGAAGGAUCUGAGCUCUGCUGACGACCUGAGCGAGGUGAUGGUGACCCGCUCGGUGAAACCCCAGAUCAGAUUGUUUUGGUGCAGAUUUGAUGUGCAGCAGCGUUUCAUCUUUGCCGUUGUCUCGACGUCUCUAUUUGGUUUCUGGGUGUAACUUCAUGAUUGCAUAUGCAUCUCCUGCAGGUCUUACUAAUCCCUCAGCUCUUGCAGAAGUGUGUGCACCAGAUUAGCAGGAUGAAGAGGAGGCGUUACAAACAGAAACACAAGAGUCAGCAAACGUCUCAUUGUGAGGAAGUUUGGCUUCACUUUUGCACAGCUGGAGGAGGUUAAGAUGUCCGUCUUCAAGCCCAGAUGUCAGUUUUCUUCUUCUCUUCUGUGUGUAGUUUCUGGUCUCUCCCUCAGAGGUCUGCACUGCAGGUAGACGAGCCGUCUUUAAAUACCUCUCAGCCACGUUGAGCCGUAUGAAGCCGGACCUGUCAGUGGCCUCGCUCCUGCUGUAGUUAAAAGGAGAAAUGCAGCACUUUGUUUUAAUAAGCUCGACGCCUCGGCCUCUGGGAAACUGAUGAGGCUUGUCAGUUACUAAGAUGUAUGAUAGCGGCUGAACCUGGCAGCUCUCCUCACCUCUCCUCCCUCUGCAGCAGAACCAGGACCGGCUCCGCUCGGAGGUGAUGUGCGCUCUGAUUCGAUGACACAGAUUUCCACUCUCUGUCCGAGCUGGAGCGUGGUGUGAGAGCGGGACGGCGUCCAGCGAGUGACAGAGCGGAAAAUGUGCAGAACGGCUCAUUGAUGGAGCGAUGGUGAGGAGAGGAGGACUCCCCCUCCCCCUGAUCUCCCCCGAUCUCCCCCUCCCAUUACUUCCAACCCAGGGGACGGUUCUCGUGACAACAGACUCUUUCCCAAAGUGUUUCUGCGACAACAAAGCUGAAAGCUCAUGAAUUUUGUAACAGCUGUUCAGGUACUACAGACGGUAACUCAUCAGGUCCACCUCGCUGACUGUAUUUUCCACUCCGAGUGUUUUCGUCUCACUUUUGACCACAGAGGCGUCAGUGUGAGUAAACGCACACGUCAAUAACCUCAGACACACAUCCACAAAAAUCAGCUCUGACUGUUCGACAGAUUAGAAAUAAAAACGAGUUACUUUAGUCCACAGUGCAGACGCACCGUUUCUAAACAGCUUAGCAGCAGUUUUCACUGUCCGCCACUUCCUACCGGAUGUGUUUGUGAGGCAAAUUACGUGGAGUUCAGCAGGAAUCGUGAGAACUCACAAGAACCCAUGAAUUCACGUUCAAUCAGCGCGAGAUAACGAGUUGUCUCUAUAAAGACAGACACAUAGACAUAUAAGCAGUAGAUUGUGUCCUUCCAGAGGAGGAAAUCUACUUCUAGACUUCUAGAAUCAGCAUCUCCUCAUCCAUGGUGUCAUCGGGGUGAAAUGACGUCUAAAAACCUUUCACUUGUGUCUGUGCCCGACUUCAUUUCCAGCACGGGUUAAUCUGUGCUGAAUUUAUCCGCCAUGCUGCGGCGUCCAGAGAAAACCGAACUCUUGAUCAGCUGAGGAGUUCGCUAAAACGCAGGGGGCUGGAAAGAAGUCGGUGGAAACUGACAUGUUAACUUGAAUGGUUACGAUCAGCGGUGAUCGGCGCAUACGGCCUUUUCGCAGCUGUUCUGGAUGUGGUGGAAACUGGGGAUGAAGCCUGUAUAGGCUCUUCCUCAGGAGGAUAAACAAUCAUUAAGUUUAGAUGAAAACCAGUUUAAACUUCUUUUUAUUUUUUUUCUUACAUAGUCAGAUUCUCGAAGAGUGAUCUGAGUCUGUUAGACUGAAGCAGAUUUACUACCUCUGACCGAAAGUGUGUCUUUCUCUUUCUAUUUUUUUUACGAUGUUCCCUCCUUAGACCCUCUGAGCUCGUCCGCAUGUUUAGUGAGUUUCUUCCUCUCUCACAAACUUUAUAAUCAGCACUAAAUAAAAACUCGUGUCCGUGUCUAAACUGAGGGAGAGGAGAAUAUCUGUGAGGAAGUUUGCUCCUCUGUGCGUGAUGAGAACUGAUUUUUUAACUGGAUAGAUUCUGAAACUCUCAGCCUUGGGUGACACGUCUCAUAAAAAACAGAGAUUCACCCAAUAUGAGCCACAAAGCAGAAGUGAGCCAAUCUGUUUCCUCUCCAGGCAGCAGCCUCCGAGGACAUCUGAGGAUGUCACAAGUUAAACUUUCAUGUCCUUCCUUUUAAAAGACGGGACUCCUUCACUUCAGGAGGAAGAAGAAGAAAAAAACACAAAAGCUGUGAGAGGUGGAGGCGGGCUCAGAUCAGCACGCCGAACAGGAAGUUUGAACCCUGAAGUCUGAGAGGAGAGGGGACGGCCGGGCUUACCCUGAACCCACCGCAGGGUCAGACAUGACCUGAUAGGACACACAGGAGAGGUCACAGAGAGGUCACAGAGCGACCCGGCUCAGAGGCGGGUUCAUGUGGGACUCUCACCUUUCAUGGUCUCUUCAGGGACUCAAAUAUUCAAUCAGAGCCGCUUUAGAUCAUCUUGAGAGCGCAGCAGCGUUUCUGAAAAGACACAAGAAUCCAGACUUUACAUCGGGGAUUUAUCAACUCUCAAACUUUUCAGAUUUCACCCGGGGGUUCUACCGGAUCUGAUCCGCCUCCGCUAUAGGAGGAGAGCGGCGCACAGCCGUUCCAGAUCCUGUGGGUUUUAGCCGUUAGAGUAACAGGACAACAUGAAAAUCAAUCAGCUUUACAUCUCAAAUCUGCAGCAGAUACACUCAACUCUUCCCCCCUCUCUUCCACAUGCAAUUACACGACUGUUGUCUGAAAUGAAAACUAUUAAUAAUGCUAAGGUCUCGUUAUUAAAGUGUCUUCAUCAUCAUCAGCAGCUGAGUCACUGUUUUUAUCCACACUGCUGCACAGUCAGCUGGAGCUGCAGGAACCUUUGGUCUUUAGAAAUGAUGAUUAAAACUGCAGUUCCCUGAGUGUCCACUAGAGGCUGUCUGCAGAAGCAGGAGAAACCACAUACACACUCAUUCAAAAAAGACAAUUUUCACAAUAAUCAGUCUGUCACCUCACCGCCUCACCCCGCUGUUUUCAUCUCACUCCGUCACCUCACCAACAAUCAAACUCCCAGAUCCAGACUCUGUUUGUCUCCAAAGUGGAAUUGUUUAAACCGACUGGGGAAUAAAACGUCUCCACAUGUUUAAUUAUUUAUAAAAGUUGUGUUCAAGUGACCACCGAGCAGGACGGAGCGGUGAAAGCUGCACCGAUAUUGAUGGAGUCUGAACCUCACAGCUGCGAAGAGAGCGCGAGCGCUAAUGCAUCCCAGAGGAGCCGCAGUGAUAAAGGAUCCAGGCGUGUGGCUCACCAUCGCCGCACUUUCUCCUGCGGCGCUGAAAGGACGGGAAAAAAAACAACACGACUUUGAGGGGAGAAUGAGCGCUUUAUUUUGAAAAUCUAAAAUAAAAGACGUAAGCGAGCCGUGAGCAGGUACAGAUGCAGAGAAAGUUUAACACGGCUGAGUGAGCGAAGACGUGAGAGACGGAGGCAGCUGGCUCACUGAGCAGGCAUCUGUGUGUGUGUGUGUGUGUGUGUGUGUGUGUGUGUGUGUGUGUGUGUGUGUGUGUGUGUGUGUGUGUGUUGUUCUCAGCGGCUCCAAAUGAAAUUAGCCAUCAAGCUGAGUCCUUUAGCAGCAGUCUGCAGCAGAGACUCAAGGUCGGACUCGCUGUUUCUGCUGAUGCACUUGAUUCUCCGGAGCCGGUUCUGGGCUGCUGUUCGAGGGGGGACCGCUGCCCACCAUCCCCAAACUCAUUCAUCCUCUACACACACUCCUGUCCCUCCAUUAUCACCCUGGUCCUCCCUGGCGGGGUCGGGCUGUGCAUUUACCCGUUAAAUUAGGUGGGGGAUGGAGGGGUUGGCGGUCUCUGCUGGACGGAGCGCCUGGAUACCCUCGCUGAUGUGCAGCAGAGAGAUGGAUGGACUAAGGUGUCCUGAUUUCCCGUGUGACUACAGUAAUUGUGUUAUAAUGGAGGUGGGAGCUGAGUCGCCGUGAGCAGAGGGACAGAGGUUCACUUCCUUCAACAUGCAUGUGCACGCUCAGGUGAAGGGGGGAGGUUACCUGCGUGUCCGCCUCCUCAGUUUGUUUGUUUCUGACUCCACAGUUUGCAGCCGAGUCCCCUCAGGCUGGAGGUGAACUGUCACACCUCGCCUCCUCAGCUGGUCAGGAGGACGCUGCCUCAACACUCAUCAGCCGUUAUCCUGAUGAUCAUUAAAACGGGAUCUUCCCUCCAGCUAACGUCAGCGCGCCUCAUCGUCUCUGACUGUUAAUCAUUUAAACGUGAAAUUCUUAACCUAACUUCAGAGUUCAGACUGUCCCAGGAAGUAGAGUCCAGGAAGUACCGGGUGUUUUUCCUCCUUAGAUCAGACUCGUUUCCUGCUAAUGGACAACAAGAUAAUUACUAACAAUAAACAGACACUGCAGAUCACAGCGUUAAGACUGAGGUUUAUCAUCUUCUCAUGCUGGUUUUAAAGUUGGGGUAGUCAGGAUCUGAGACAUCUCGAAUGUAAACUCUACCCCUCCCAACCAGUUUUCCCCUCAGCUCCUCCUCUCCUCUCAAGCCCCGCCCACAAACAGACGCUCCUGCUCGCUCGUAUCGUUCCAAUUAAAUUCAGAUAUAAUGCAGAUAAAUCCUUCAGAUCAUUACAAAUGGGGCCCAGUCAAGGUGAAAGUCAAAAGCAUUGGUGCUACUGUAGAUGCCAACAGACUACCAGCAAACACAAUGUUUGCAGGACUUCUACAACGAGGAUAAAGUGACAUAGUCCAGGACCCGAGGGAGGACAGUUUAGCGAUGGAGCUACAACACGCUACAGCAGGUCCGUUUGACAAGAAACACUUCUGUUACAGACACUUGUCUUACUUUGUUAAAGCGGUUUACCUGUCCAGCAGAAAGGUUACAGGGUCACCAAGAUCCCCAAGCGUCCCCCAUCGUUUAUGUUGACCCGGCUUUUUAGCUCUUGUCCGGUCUACCUCCGUUUUAAGCGCCCGUUAUUCCUCCAGAGUCUCCGGUAUUUACUUUGUUUUCUUGCUUGUGUCGGCAGUCGUGGCCAAAGGAGGAUUCAGACAAUUUUCCGAACUUUCUGGUUGGUUUCUACUGUCCGAUAUUGUAGCACGCUAACUUUGUUUGGGCUCCUGAACGACACGGGGGAGCAGCAUUUUCUUGUUGACUGUUUUCUUGUUGCCUGGUUUGGUGUUGACUGUUUUCUUGCUGACUGAAUAUGGUUGACUGUUUUUUUUGCUGACUGUUUUCUUGUUGACUGUUUUUUGCUGACUGUUUUCUUGUUGACUGUUUUCUUUUUGACUGUUAUCUUGUUGACUGAUUAUGGUUGACGUUUUCUUGCUGACUGUUUUCUUGUUGACUGUUUUCUUGUUGACUGUUUUUUGCUGACUCUUUUCUUGUUGGCUGAAUAUGGUUGACUGUUUUCUUGCUGACUGUUUUCUUGUUGACUCAUUAUGGUUGACUGUUUUCUUGUUGACUGUUUUCUUGCUGACUGUUUAUGUUUGAGUGUUUUCUUGCUUGUGUCGGCAGUCGUGGCCAAAGGAGGAUUCAGACAAUUUUCCGAACUUUCUGGUUGGUUUCUACUGUCCGAUAUUGUAGCACGCUAACUUUGUUUGGGCUCCUGAACGACACGGGGGAGCAGCGUCUGCCUCACAACCAAUCAGGUUAGAGGAGGUGGAGAACGGCUUUGUUUACAGUCAGAAAGAGCGGACCGCUCAAAAAUGUUCAAAUGUUGACGACACAGACAUAAGAGAACACAGAGAUAUCGUUAUAUUACCAAAUGUCAUCAAUAACUAAUAACUAUUGACUGAUAUUGAAAGAUUUUUUGUUUAUUCACCACAAAAAAAGAUGCUUCUUUAACAGAAUCCUGUCUAACCCUGACCUAACAGGGGGACGUGACCCCCUGAAGAGGUCUCUGGUUAUAGUUUGAUGAAGUCCUGUCCUCAUGUUUCUUCUCUCCUCUUUCCUUUCAGGGACCAUGAGACCGGUUCAGAGGAACUUCUACGAGCCCUCGUCAGCCCCGGGUAAAGGCGUGGUGUGGGAGUGGGAGAACGACAACGGCUCCUGGACGCCUUACGACAUGGAGAUCUGCGUGACCAUCCAGAACGCCUACGAGAAGCAGCACCCCUGGCUGGACCUGACCUCUCUGGGCUUCUGCUACCUCAUCGACUUCAACAGCAUGUCUCAGACCAACCGGCAGAGCCAGCGCAAGAGGCGUCUACGGAGACGCAUGGACCUGGCGUACCCGCUCAUCAUGGGCUCCAUCCCCAAAUCCCAGUCCUGGCCUGUGGGAGCGAGUUCGGGACAGCCGUGCUCCUGUCAGCAGUGCAUCCUGGUCAACAGUACGAGAGCGGCCUCCAACGCCAUCCUCGCCUCUCAGCGCCGAAAAGUCUACGGAGGGACGGGGGGCAACUCGGGCGCUACAGGGACCCUCUCUGGAGUGCGGCAGAGUAACACCUUCGCUGGGACGUCCCUGUGGUCGCCAACAUCCGCCUCCCCCGGGUCAAACAACAACAACAUUAGUGUGGGCGGCGGGCACGCCAAAGCUGAACAGGUGCAGUCCCCGCUGUCGUCUGCCAACUUCCCCUGCUCCCCCGUGAUGCCGUCGCCUUCAUCCGCUCAUGGUCACCACGCUCUCACCAUCAACGGGCAGAACAACCUGAACCGGCCGGGAACACAGCGCAUCUCCAUGGGAACCACGAGAGGAGCCAUCCCACCAGGGUAAAGAAAGCUGUCGUCGUUUAUUUACCUUAAUAUUUAUUUAUUAAUUUGAACAGGUGUGACCUCGUUAAACCUAAUAUGACGAACACCUGACAAGACGACUUUACAGAUGUAUUCAACAGGAACGAUUCUCACUUCAUGAUGAGGAGAUUUUCAGGAAACUGUAGCAAAGAUUGUUCGUCCAUAAUGGGAAAUCAAAAGAGACCAAAAGUUUCACAGGAUUUUAAAAUAUCUGAAAAAAAAUAAGGCUUAAAAAAGUGAAAAUUAAACAGAAAAAGACACACCAAAAGUUACUCACUGGAGCUUUAAAAAUUAACCCAGAAAAGGCUCAAAAAGCCCCAAAGUGGUAAAACCCACAAACUUCAUUUAAGACUCCACAGGUGACGAAGAAUCAGGGCAGACCACGAGUCAAAAGGUGAACACAGACCAAAGAGUUUAAAAUGAAAACAGACGAAAAGUUCCUGAUAUGAACUUUAAAAUUCAGCGUCGUAAAAACACGAGGAACUGAACCUUUAAAAAAUGAACACGGAACAAAAGUUCAAAACUUCUGUCUCUUAUUUUAUCUCAAGAAUCUGACACUCAGUCUGCAGAAAAGGAACGUGUGAUAACUUUAAAUCUGUGAUACAAAGAGAAGUUUAGUCCAUAAAUAAAAACAAAUAUAAAACAUUUUAGCUGAAUUAACUCUGUUUAUAUUGUAUCCCUCGUUAUAUUCUACACUUUACCAUAUGGCUGUCAAACAGUUCAUAUGUUUUAGUCAAGUGUUAAACAUUUUCCUAUUUCUUUGCCAUAAAUCAGGAUUUUUGCACCAGAUUCUCAGAGUUAAUGAUCAGUAAAUCUGCUCGUUUUCACGCCGCCCUCCUUCCUGUUUCAUUUGGAUCAUUUAUCAGAAGAUUCGGGUCAGAUUGGAGUGUUUUCCUCCUGACAGCUCGUCUUCUUGCUGUCAGAUACAUCUGCACCAGUUUCCUUCUCUUUCCUCCUCCUGGAUAAAAAUGUCACCAUGACUUAAAAAAAAGGAUCUCCACAUUUCGCAGCCUCGUUUUUCUCAGGAGUCGGCUGUUUCUGGUAAUGACGCUCAGAUUUGGUCGAAUUUUCAGCCCCAGCUGAGGCACCGAGGAUAUAAAAAGCAAACAAUCUUCAUUUCUGCAUGUCUGCUUCACAAAGCUCAGUGUGUGUGUGUGUGUGUGUGUGUGUGUGUGUGUGUGUGUAUUCUGUCAUUUUCUCUCCUCGCUCUCUCUGCUGAUUUAUGACUCCUCUCGUUAAUGUGCUGAUCAAUGGAUGUGCAGGAAAAGCCCGAGGUCUCCUCUGGUUCUUCUUCGCCUGGAUCAUCUCAUCCUUUUCAGAUGUGUGUUUGCAGCGGUUACUUCCCCAUAAUGAGCUUAUGUUGGCCCCAAUAGGCGUGAAAUGCUGCAGCUCCUCUUGACGCUUCUGCUGCUGCUUCUGCUUUGAACCCGUCGCUUCUGAUCGCUCGGUGACGCGGCCAUUAUGUCACCAGAUGCAGAAGAAAGUCUGACGUGUUGCUCGGAGGGUCCGGAUCUUUGCACACGUGUGUGUCUUUGUUUUAUGUGUAGCUGUGGAAACCUAUUUGCCGUGAAGGCAGAGCUCCGCUGGGGAAGAAUGAAUAAUGGAUCAAGGAAAAAUGGGAGCUUCAGCAGAGCGCUGUGACCUCAGAGCGAUUCAGCGAAAGGGAGGCGAGGAAAAAAGAAGUGUGUCUAGCUCUGUAACUGAUACUUCUUCAGUCCCUUUCUAUCCUGCUUUCUUUUACUAAAAUAAACCCUCUCCUGAUCUCAUUUCAGUCCUUUCAUUCUCUCCAGCUCAUGGGGAGAGACACACUUACUGCAUUUUUGAUUAUUCCCGUCCUUCACCUUCCUUCACACACACUUCCUCUGGCCUCAUUUGUGUCACUGAAAGGAAACAUGUGGGGCUUCAGCUCGUCAUGGAGGGCCGUAACCUUGUUUCAGGUGUGAAAUGAUGUCUCUGAGUGAAGGAGACCACCUCAGAGGAGCUGAAGACUCCGGUGAGAGCUCAGCUGCACGUGGAGCGUGUAUGAUGUGUGUCUGCUUCACCUCAAAUUUUUGCAGAGUCUGAAAAAGCAAAAGAGAUGAAGAGACAGGGGGGGCGAGGCAGAGUGCGCCGGGUUCCCAGGCGAGUGGCUCGACACACAGGAUGAGUGUGGUUAGCGUACACGCAGCAGGACACGAGAGCUCGCAACCACAAACACGCACCCCGAACUGAAAUGUGAACUCCUCCUCGUAGAUUUCCCACAAGCGCUGCAGACAGAUAACAGAGGAACCCACACAGAGAGAGGAGCAUCAGAUCUGUUUUUCACACACCCACACCCAGCUAAUAUCUCUGCUGCUGCUGAAAAGGUACGCUGCAGAGUGAGGCUUAUUUACACGGGUCAAAGUCGCUGCUACGCACACGGCAUCCAUUUAAACCUGCAAAUAUAAAAAUAAUUCACAGAAACAGACUUUCGUGUUUGUGACUCAUGUUCGAUCACAGAUGGAGUCUGCGUCGCACAUAUUGACCCUUUUGUCCAGAGACUCAUCAUGUUGUCAGCUGAGGGGGUGUCGCUUCAUGCGUUUAACUCACGUGCACCAAUAUUAGAAGUGGCACCAUCUGCUGGUCUGUGUAAACACAUCAGUUUAUCUUAUUACCGGCUCUGACACAGCCCACUAUAUCACCACCUGCUAGCACGCCGCACAUGUGAGCAGAUAUAAGCUGAGGGCCUGUGGUUUGUGAAACGAGGUCAUGCAGGCGGCUAUAGAUUUUUCUGAAUUAUUGAGCUCACCCAGCGGUCGCUCUGCUCUGAAAUGGGAGAAAAAAACUGUGUCGCUCAUCAUUUAUUUUACUCUUAAACACAGAAACUGAGCUGCAGCCGAGGAUUAAUUGGAGUAUUUGUCUGUCUGUGGAUCAUUUUCUUGACUGAUUUGCUGAACUGUUCAGGCUGUAAAGUGAGAAUAAAUGUCUGAAAGUGUGUCAGCAGCAGUCAGAGCGAUGUUACCCUCAGACUGUUCAUGUUUGAUUUUAAUGAAACUUCAUAUAGGAGCUGAAGAAAAAUGACACAAAAACAGCCUUUUACAGAUUAUUCUGCCUUCACUAUCGUAUUAAACUAGCUUUACAGAUAACUAACAGUUACUCCAAAAAACACCAGGAAGGUUCUCACCGUUUUGACGUUUAUUGGAACUGAUUAGAUGCUUUUUCCUUUUUUUUCUUUCUUUGUAAAACUGUAACACACAAAAAGGUGCAUAUCAGAACUAACGCUGUAACAUAAACACUGUAAAUCCAGCAGUAAUAUAGGCUAAAUGUAUGAAAAUCAUUAAUGCAGGCUAAACUGCAACUGAAUUAACACACGAAUCUCUAGCUAAUCACUAGCAUUUAGAAUGAUGCUAAUUUACACUAAAAAACCCAUAGGGAUGCUAGCUUCAAGGAACUUCCUGUUAGAAUCUAAUGUGUCGUAACAUCUUGUAACAAUAUAAUACUUACAGACAGAUGUCCUUAAACAGCCAAAUAACAUUUUAUAACAAAUAACCGUCUGCAGCUGCCUGGACAGCUACCGUGUUGACAUGUCAGAGACUAAUCAGAGUUAUUUAUGUAACAUGAGCCACGAUAAAAGGAGAUAAAAAUGACCUGUUCAACUAAAACUCGGCUGUCUCAGCGUCUGUUUUCUCCACCGCUCCAAGGAUGACCCGAUGGUUAUUCAUGUUAGAUUCCUCGCUUGGUCACAUUUCCUCUUUGACUCCGCCUUUUCUUCUGUAGGAUUGUGUUGUCUUUGCACUUUUGGCGGUGGGGCGAGCAGAAGUGUUUUUUUCUUUUUGGCGUCCUUCUCCAUCACAGCUCCUGUAGCUAAGCUGCUACGCUACUGUUAGCCGCUCAGAGCUCCGAGGAGGGCCGGGAGAGUGGGAGGGGAUGAGUCAGAACUACGGGAGAGGGGUGUGUCGAAUACAGCGAGGUGAUUGGAUGGAGAGGCGGAGCAGGAGAUUGACCAAUAGGAGCUGUCCGGGACGGAUGGCUCCCAUUGGUCAAUGUUUUUGCAGCCCUGCACCUGAUUGGGUGAACAGAUUUUUCUGAUCUUUUUUCUCUUCACUUUGUCGAGAUAAUUAACUUAAAAUCAUGCAAGAGCUGGUUAAAAUAUAUCAUUUAAUCAUUAAAUCUUUUAUCUGAGGUUUUCAAAGUUAGUUACAUGUCUGAGAUUGAUUUAGUUAUUUUGAUAUUUCAUAGACCUGUUGGGUUGUUAUAGUUUCACUGCUGAUAUUUGUAUUAAAUGAUUCUGUACAUCAUAAGAGGAGUUAUAAUUCUUCAUAUUGUCAUGAAGCGGUCUCACAGUUUUUAAAGAAGGUGCAGGAGAAGUCCACUUGACACGCAGAAAGAACUUUGAGUGUGUGUGUGUGUGUGUGUGUGUGUGUGUGUGUGUGUGUGUGUGUGUGUGUGUGUGUGUGUGUGUGUGCUGCCUUUGGCUUUGUUUAUGAGCUCUCUGUGUUUUAGACCGUGGUCUGGUUCUGGUUCUGGCUGCAGGGCAGUGUGGAGAGCAGAGAUCAUUAUCCCUCAGUCUGCCGCUGCACCGACUCCCACUGCAAGAUAAAAAUUAAUAUAUAAGAUUAUGAAUAAGUCAUGACAGCUCAUCUGGACCCAGCUGAUACAACCAGGAAACUCUCCGUUUCAUUAUCGCUGUUUCACCGGGUUUUUCAGGUGCUCCACGUUUCACCGCCUCCCAUCAGGAGGUAGGAUUUGUCCCGCCUCCUGCUACACGCAUCAAUAUGCAAUUAAGCUCUCCUGUAGCUGCUUCCCUGCUAACCCCCCACCCCCCGCCCCGUCUUUAUUGUGCAUAAUAAACAGAUGAGGAAGUAUUAGUCCUCUGUCAGCACUUUCCUAACCAGGUCUAAUGCGGGGGCUCCGGAUUUGGGGAAUCACGUCUUUUGGACUCUGAUUAAGUCCUCGGGGCGGACUGGAGAUCCCCUCAGGAAGGAAAGGAAGGGAGCAGGAGAAGGAGGAGAGGAUGACCCCCAUGCCCUGACCUGACAGCGGCUGUAAUUAAUGUGGUAUUAACGGGCCGGGCUUGUACAGGAAGUACAGAUUUAUCACCUACUUUCAUCGGUUUUGGGUCAUGAAUGGCAGCUGUAGGUGUGAGAAACGCCGCUCCUGGAAAACCCUUAGCAGUAUUUUUAUAAGGUGACGGUGUGAAGAUGGACAGAAGAGAGGAAACGAGUGAGAGAGAAGAGAGGGUGAAAGAAACGAGUGAGAGAGAAGAGAGGAUGAGAGGGUGAAAGAAGCGAGUGAGAGAGAAGAGAGGGUGAAAGAAACGAGUGAGAGAGAAGAGAGGAUGAGAGGGUGAAAGAAACGAGUGAGAGAGAAGAGAGGAUGAGGGGGUGAAAGAAACGAGUGAGAGAGAGGAGAGGAUGAGAGGGUGAAAGAAACGAGUGAGAGAGAAGAGAGGAUGAGGGGGUGAAAGAAAUGAAACAACACUGUUGAAGAUGGGGUAGCUACAAUCAUUUCAGAGGAAUCAAGAAUUUGCAAAAGAAAAACAAAAAAUCACAGUCCUGAAUACAAAAACACAUAAAUUAUAAUAUAAAUGAUGACAUGAGGAUCAGACAUUCAGUUCAGAUCACAGAGAGGACCUCAAGGCUUUGUAAAAAGUCAGAGCUCGCAUCGCUUUAUUAUUAGACUAUUAGACUAUUAAACUUUUUACAUUUAUGUUUAUAAAAUAUUUCAUAUAAAGUAAAAAGGUUGAACGAAUAAAUAUGACUUUGGUCCAUGUUCUUUUUUUCAAAAUAAAAAUAAUUUUAACAUGCAAACAGUCAAUAAAUAAAUGUGCAAUUGUUUCUUUUUCAAAGUUACAAAAUACACAGAAGUCUGAGAUAUCAGGUCUAUAUUUUUAAAGAAAUUGGUUCAUGAAUAGAUGAAGUGAAUCAUUUUGAAAUAAACUUCAGUUACUUUAAUGUUGAUGAAAUAUAAAACUUUUUAAUGAGAAGAACACUGAAAGAUACUGUAUGUCUAAACAGUUUAUUUUUACAUUUUUUUAUCUUUGAUAUUGAUGCCGUUCACAGUCUUUAACAUGGGCUGUUCGUUAAAUAAAUUACUGCCUGUUAAUAGUUUUAAGAAACCAGCUGUUGUUCCAUCAAAUACUGAACAAUAUUCUCGUUCAGGUAUUGAAAUACUGAAGGUCUUUAAAAAUUCUGUGUAUGAAAAUAAUCGACCGUCCUCGUUGAGCAAUUAUGAAACGAACAGAAUCUUGUUUUUAACCCAAUUCUCUAAAAAUAUUGUUUUUGUUUUUAUAUCUGAUGUUUGUAUUAAGAAAGAAGGAGGUGAAAGGUCACACUGAUGAUGAUUAAUAAUGACAGUGAAAGUUUUAUUUACAUCACACUAAAAACAGUUUAAUCAAGACCAAUAACACUCGUACUUAUUUAGAAAGUAUAUGAUCCAUAUUUUGAGCUGUCAUGUUUGUGACGCUGAGAAUUAGAGAAAUAAGGAGCGAAAGUGAAGAGUUGAAGCUGGAGUUAAACCCUGAGAGUCACGGAGCAUUAGAGACUGUCAGCAGAAUGUGAGGAGGAGUCUAAAAGCCGGGCCGCUCCAGGCACAGCCAGGACGGACCGGGUCAGAGCCUGCAGAGGUGCACAUUUCAGAAAUAACAAGGAGAGAGAGAGAGAGAGAGAGAGAGAGAGAGAGAGAGAGAGAGAGAGAGAGAGAGAGAGAGAGAGAGAGAGAGAGAGAGAGCACAAUAGGCUUCAGGUCGGCUGCCUGUUUAAGGUGCAGAUUUGUGCAGGAGCCGUUUUGCAGAGCAUCGAUAGGAAAUCUGAAGUUCUACAGAAAUAAUGAGGCGCUGCAGAGCAGGAUGUGGAUCAGUGUGUGUGUGUCAGUAAAAAUGAACACACUGCAGAUGUGUGUGUUAGCUUGUUUCUCUCACACUAAUCAUCAGGAUCCUCGGUUGUUUUAUUUUAAAUGCACGCGUACGACAUCGCUCAUUUCAUAUGCAUAAUGCUGUGGGGCUGAUACGCCGAUCUUUGCAGGAGCUGAAGUGCAUUUGAGAUGAGAAGUUUUCUAAUUAAUGUCGUGUUGUGGGUCCUUGAUGGCGUUGUGUGCUUAUAGGAGGAAACACAGAGAGCUGGUCUGAAGGGCUCUCGUUGUUUCUUCUGUUAAUGAAAAUUAUCUGUUUGAUCACAGCGCUCUCGGAGAAAAACAACCUCAAUUACACACGCUGCAUUCAUAAACCGAGGCGUCUGGUUCAGAUUUAGGCCUGAGAGCGUCUUUAACAGGAGGAGGAGGAGGAGGGGAUCAGUCUCUGAACAGUUUUUAUUCUGCACCAGAUUAUCUUUUUUUACUCCAUCCUUUGUCUUCCUUAUUCAGACGGAGAAACACAACGUUUCCUGACUCACCUUUUGUGCUGCACUGCUCUUUUGACCCUUCUUUAGUUUUUCAUGCAGCAGGUGACUUCCUUCUAAUCUCUCUGCGCUCGCUGUGGCCAAAGGAGUGAAAUUACUUACUGCAGCUUUUGUUUGACAAUUUGAAAUCAUGACACCACUCAUGGUUUCAACAUCCGGACUCGAGAUCUUUCCCACAGAUCUUUGCUGCUCUUGUUUUGACUCACGUCAGUCUUGCACAGAGCUGAAGCCGCAUGAUCCUGGUCCUCGCUCAGACUCUGAAGUCCUCACCACAGAUGAGAUCGGACACAUCAGCCUCAGCCGUGUCCCUCUUUGUUCCUGCGCUCCGCUCCUCGCAGGGCUUCCCCUGGCACAGGAUCAGAGACUCUCACUGAUAUCAAAGCGGCUUCUUGGUGCAGAUGUGUGAAACGCCUCAGAGCUGCAGGGCCAAAGAUCUCCGCUGCAGAGAUACACAAGUGCAUGAGCAGAUAACUAACAAACGGGUCCACGGUGCAGCUGAUCGAUGUGUCUGAAACUUUGACAGACAGACAGACAGCAGCAGAGCAGCAGUCCUCCUCCUGAUACCUCCGGGGUUUUAACCUCUCAGGGAAAACACACAGACAUACAGCUGUAACAUUAUUUUAGUGAUUUUCACCUGAGUACAGGAACAUCCUGAAAAUAGACCACAAUAUCACUAACCAAACUACAAAAUCAUGGAAUUAGAGGACUUGCCCAUGAUUGGAUAACUAGCUGCCUAAAGAAGAGGUAUCAGUAUUUUCAUUUUAAUAACGAUAAUUCAGAACUUUUGGAAAUCACCUGUGGAGUGCCACAAGGCUCUGUUCUUGGUCCGCUGUUGUUUAUUUUAUAUAUUAAUGAUAUAAAUCUGGUGUUGGAAUCGCUGAAGUUUAUCUUGUUUGCUGACGAUACGACUGUGUUUUGUAGUAACGAUAAUCUGGAACAGUUUCUGGACACGAUGGAGAACGAGUUGGAAAAAUACUAAACUUGGUUUGACACGAAUAAACUUGAACUCCAUCUCUGCAAAAUUAAAUAAAUUAUAUUUGGAAAUAAGCAAGAAAUUCAAUGUAGAAAUUUAACUUUAGACAAGAAGGAAACUGAGGUGGUAACUGAGAAUAAAUUCCUUGGGGUUAUAGUAGAUAACAAACUUCGUUGGAAAUCACACAUAAAUAAUAUUAAAUCAAAAAUGUUAAAAUCUAUCACCAUAAAGCCAAAGAUUUACUUUCACAAAAAGGUUUUAGCCGCUCUUUACUAUUCCCUGAUAACUCUGUACAUGACUUACUGCAUUGAGAUUUGGGGAAACACCUAUAAAACAAAUACAAACCCAGUAUUUCUUUUACAAAAGCGAGCUGUAAGAGUCAUCUACAAUAACCAUUACCAUGAAUCAACUCAUCCCCUUUUUACUUCCUUAAAUUUUUUAAAAACCGAGCCUGAGAGCGUGAACAAAUGUAAAAAAUUUCUGUGUGUCUGUAAAAAGAGGUGAAAAUGUGGAACGACUGUCCGGUAGAAAUAUGAAAAUGUCGUUCUCUGGUAAAAGAGAAUUAACAAGAAUAAUGUUAUUUCUCAAUACUGUAGAGAAAAUGAUGUCUGAUUAUUAAUGUAAAGUGUAAAACAUGUUCAUUAUCUGAUCUAAAGAGUGAAUAUUAGAGUGUAUCUGUAUGAUGGACUCCAUGUUUGGUAUAAGGGGUCGGUCUUUAUGAGCAUUACUUCUGCCUACAUCCUUUCAGUCAUAUUACACUGAAAUAAAAUCAUUCAUUCCUUCCUGAUCUGGAAGAGUUUAAGCUCACUCCCUGAAAACAGACUCAUCCGCUCACAUCGAAGUCCAGAUCCUUUGAUUUCGCUUUGCUCCACAGAUCUGUAAAACUGCACGAGUCAAACGUCUCUGUCGUCUGCGUCGCCACAUACUCCAACCUCUCCAAAUGUCACCCUGAAUCAGACUCUGCUGCAGCGCUUUGUACAUGAGUCAAACUGUCUCAUCCCAUCUCCACUGACUCCGUCUCGGCGUGGAGCUCAUGUGACAUUUAGCUGGAGUGUUUUUACGGCGUUCGGAUCACAACGAGCCGCUGUUUUCUGACCUCACAGGAGGCGACUCACAAUCAGCACAAUUUUCUGUUUCUGUUUGAGGUCUGGGGUCAUUUAAAAAACAUGAAAAUAGAGUUACUGCACUUCAGGAAAAACAGAAAACAGACGCAGGAGUUUGACAAGAACCAGAAUAAUAAUCAUAAUUUUUAAAUUAGUGUCAGAGGAGGAGGAAAUCAGAUCAGAGAGUCUGGUUUGGUGUCCCACAGGGAUCCGUCCCUGAGCUGCUGUUAUUUUGAUUUUUAUAAAUGAUUUUUUAAUGAAAACAGGAGGUCAGUUUGACUGUGAGGAGUCGAUGUUAUCACUAUAUUAUAUAUUAUAUAAUAUAUUAUCACACAUGUCUGAGUUCAGCUGUUAUUUUCAUUAUUGUGAAUCAGUGAGAAAAACAGCCUGUUAUUAAAUUUUCAACAUUAAAUAUUCACAAUAAGACGUGUGCUCUUCACAAUUAAGACUAUAUGGAGAGAAGGAUUUUUGUUUCUGUCCACAGGGGGCGCCAGAGUUAACACAAACUGAAAGUCCCUUACAGUAGCUUUAAAAUCAAUAGCAGUAUGAUCAGUCAGACUGUAAAAACUCAACAAAUCCACCCACUCAUCCACCAGUGAAGUUUUUGUUUGACGUUUUUGCUUUUAACUUUCUUUUUAAUUCUUAAUUUUGAGACAAUGAAAAACAAAGCAGACAACCUCAUACACAACACAAUGAAAAUUAAAAUAAAAUGAAAAAAAAAGAGAAAGAAAAGGGGGUGAGUGUGGGGACUUGAAGGAUUAGGAAGCUUCACCUUCUUAGACUAAAACUUAUCACUCCUGUCCACUCAGAACCAAAGAACCUGCUGAGGGAGGACCACUCUUUAACAAACGCAUCUAAAGUUCCCAACAAUACAUGAGACAACUGUUCAUAUGGGAUAAUUAAUGAAAGUUUAUCACCAAGUCGAUAAUGUGGGUGGAUUUAUAUCAAGCCAAACAUGCAAAAUUGAAAGUCGUGCAGCGAACAACAUAACGUUCAACAAUUUAACAGAGUGACCAGAGAAGGACGAAGGAUUAACAACAAGAAAACAUGAUUUAGGAUCCAAAAUAAUGUUUUAUACCAAAGAACUUCUUUAUCUCUGUUUUCGGACAGAAGACCAAAAUAUUUUAAUAAAUGGACAUGAGAGUUUUUAAAACUCUCUAGAUCUGAUUCCUCAGUCUGAAGAGUCUUCCUCUCUGUCCCUCAGGGUUCCUGCACUCCCAGUAAAGAACCUGACUGGAUCUGGACCAGUACACCCAGCGCUCGCAGGUUAGACCACACCCACUUUGUUAAAUGCGCUCAGAAACAGCGACAGAGUGUGUUUUGUGGUCUGUACUCUGAUUCUGAAAAUCACAAUCGGUGCCUUUUUCCACUCUUCUGUUUGUCCGUACGUCUGUGUGUGUUUUUUUUACAUUUGCAUCAGGUAUGACAGGUAUCCUGAUGUGCGCUGCAGGUCUGCCGGUUUGCCUGACCAGAGCCCCCAAACCCAUCCUGCACCCGCCCCCCAUCAACAAGAGCGACAUGAAACCUGUGCCUGGGAUCAACGGGAUGCGCCGCAAAACCAAGAAGAAGCACCUGAGGAGAGGUGAGAGAGGGCGCCAUCAGGAGGAGGAGGUUUCCAUAUCAGCAGGUUCAGAUUUACGAGCUCACGCUGCCGUGUUCACAGUCACAGUGACGUUCACAUGUUCCCUCCAUGUUAUAAGGACAGUCAUUAACAUGAGACCGUUGUGAGAGCUGAUCUGGUGUUCGGCGGUCUGACUGCUGUGGGUUUGAGUAAGUGCAGGUCGAUGGAGAGCCGCAGAAACACUCAUCCUCCCCGGGGAGUCUUUGUAGUAAUUGAUGAGUGAGACUGCUGGGUUUCCACUCCUGCUCUGGGAUUGUCCGUUUCAAUCCCUCAGAGCGCUUUAUGUUUUUCAUCGGCCUGUAAUUCAACAGAAGGAUGAUACAAACACAACUACACACUCUUCAGAAAUCAACAUUCAGAUACUAACCCACACAUCAGACUGGAUAAUGAACGGACGGAGUGUCUGUGGGACCACCCACUGGUCUGUGAAGCAGAAAUCUGGGGUCACCGUGUCGGUCUCUAAAAAAAUAAUUCACUCCUCGUCCAAAAGGUGCAGAUUCAGUUUAGUUUCGCUCUAAAAAUGGACUCUUUUGAGAGUGUGUGUUUCUGCAGACAGCCUCUAGAGGACACUCAGGGAACUGCAGCAGCUUUAUUGAUCAGGAUCAGAGGUUUCUGAUCGAUCACCCUCACAGUUUCUCUGAUGUUGCACUAACCUGACGUACACUGACACACAGCUCAGCUCUUUGGACGGCGUUUUCCCCAUGUGGUUAACUUUAGACUCCUCCUACUUCUCUUUAAAAGCGUUUUAGUUCUCCGAAUAAACCCAUCUGAAAGUAAAAACUCUUAAAUUUACAACAAAGUCCCUUUUCUUUCUGCUCCUCUGCUCCCUCUCUCUCCUCCUUUUCUACCUGAUCAUGUUUUUUUUUUAGCUCUCUGUUUCUUCUCGCCGCUCCGCCUCCCUCUUCUCACCCGCUGUCCCUCAAACGAACAAACAAAGACUUGAGGGGACGGGAGUUUGCCUUUAAGCGUAUUAGAGGUGUAAGCUGCGGCUGCGCUCUCUGCCAUGUCGGCCCUGCAGGAUUAUUUCAGGGACGGCUGCUGGUUCUGUGGGUUUGAAGGUGACCCCCUCCACAGCAGAAACUCUAUUAGAUCAGGUUCUCUUUAAAAGGUGAUGCAGUCACCAUCUUUGGUUAUCGUCCUCUAAAAUAUGUCUUUUUAUAACCCUAAACACACUCUGAUUAUUUUCCUGUUAGAUGUGGUUAUUUAGCUCAUAAUAAUAACAAUAACAAUAAUAAUUCUUCUCAGGAAAUCACACACAUCCUUCACAUGAACCGACUUUAUUUUCUAUUCUUACAGGUUUUAAUUAUCUGGAUUUAAAAUAGAAAUACAGACUUUAUAUUUGAUGAUGAAGCAGAUCUCUGAAAUUAAAGCAUCUUUCUGCAAAGAUCAUCAUGUUUCUGUUGAUUCACAUGGAAACAUUUCUUUACAGCGGCUCAUUUCUAAAAGUGAAGGUUUAUGUUUUUUUGUCUGCUAAUAUUUUACGGUAACAAAAUGAAGCAUUGAACGUGUUUCAGAGACACUUCCUGUGUCUGUAUUUGUUUCUGAACAUCUCUAAAUGAACAUCGUGUCUGUGAUCAGAUUGUUGGAGGUUUGUGCUUCAUCUUUUUUCCUUUUUGAAUUUUUCCCUGAAAAGGAAAAAACCCCGAGGACGUGGUGCGAAGAUACACAGAGAAGAUCAAAGUGGUCCCAGAUGAGGUAAGACAAAGCUUGGCGCCCACAAAUAGCCGCCGCCCUCGGUCACCUGACAGAGUGUUAAAGUCUCAUAAGUACGCGGCGGAGCGGCGGCUGAAGCGUUUUUUUUUUCUGGGCUAUUCCAGGACUGCACCAUCUGCAUGGAGAGGCUGGUCAUGUCAUCCGGCUACGAAGGCGUCCUGCAGCACAAAGGCAUCAAGCCAGAGCUGGUGGGCAAACUUGGCAAGUGCGGGCACAUGUACCAUCUGCUGUGCCUGGUGGCCAUGUACAACAAUGGCAAUAAGGUGGGUAAGAGCCUGUGAGCCAGACGCCGUUAUGAUGUCACUCACGCUCGAAUUAUAAACUCCGAACGUUACACAGCUUGACUGGAGCGCACGCCACUGGCAGAUGAUCAGGCUGAGAUCCUGUAGGACACAGAUGGGACCUCAUAGAGAUCAGUCAGAUCCUCACAGACUGGGCACACCUUUUCAGAUUCCUGUCCCGGACCUCCGAGCUGCCUUUGGAAACUUCAUUGGCACCUUCUCAGGAACUCAGUCCACAUUUAGUCUUGGAAACUUUUCUUUGGGACGGGCUGAUCUGAUGAAAGUUCUUUAGAGAGGGUCCAGGGCGCUCUUUCACAAACAAACCCGGUGUUGUUACAUAACUCGGUGUUUACUCAGAAAUACGUCUUUUUUUUUUUUUUUUUUACUUUAUUUUUAUCUUUUAAGGCAAACUUUCAAACAUACACGCAAAUACUGUACAAAACAAAACAAGACAAGAACAAGAACAAGGGGGGCAAACACUACUCAGUUACAUACAGGUGCCAUUUAGUCCAUCUUACAGCAUAUAGCUCAGCUUUAAUUCGUAGUCUGUAAGUCAUUUGUUCCAUUGAUCGGAUUUCCUCUACAAUGGUCAGCCAGUCACUCAGUUCAGGUGGAUCAGUUCUUAGCCAAGUUCUUGUGAUGGCUUUCUUAGCUGCAAGAGAUAGGAUCUUGAACAGGUAUAUGUCCUCUUUACCCAUUACAUCUUCUAAUAUCAGUCCAAGAUAAAUAAACCGGGGAUCUUUGGGUAAAUUAUAUCCAAAAACUUUACCCAUGACUCUCAGGACCUCAUCCCAAAAUGUCUGUAUUUUCGUACAUGACCAAAAUAUAUGAGAGUGGUUGGCAUUCAGUUGCCCACAUUGUCUCCAACAAUGCUGUUGUUGACCUAAUUGUUUAUUUUUGAUUUUUGGUGUAAUAAAUAGACAUGUCAAAUUUUUCCAACCGAACUCCCUCCAUGUUUUAGAACUUGUUGAUGUAUGUUGGGUCUUGAGCAUGGUCUGCCAAUCACUCUCAGAUAAUUCAAUGCCGAGUUCCUUUUCCCAUUUCUCUUUUAUAUACAUUGUGUCUCUUCCCUGUUCUUCAAUAAACCUUUGUAUAGCUUUGAGACAAUUCUUAAGGGGGUUUGCUUGAACGCGCCUGUUAAUAUUUCGAUCACAUCAUUCCCCUCCACAGAAAUUUCAGAAAUACGUCUUUUAACAAACCGUCUUUAUCAUCCUGAAGUAAUCCUUUCUUCACUCCAGGACGGCAGCCUUCAGUGUCCCACAUGUAAAACCAUCUACGGGGAGAAAACCGGCACUCAGCCUCCAGGGAAGAUGGAGUACCACGUCAUCCCCCACUGCCUGCCCGGCUACCCCGACUCUAAAACCAUCCGCAUCGUCUACGACAUUCCUGCUGGGAUCCAGGUCAGAACUCAAAUCCUUCACUAAGUCCGACAUGCUGCUUUUGUGCCCUGAUCCACUCUCUCUCUCUGUAAAUCCGCGCCCUUUCUACACCUGCUGCUGAUCCGCUUAAGUUUGAAGGUUCUGGUGCAGAGAGGUGAGGUGUGUGUGUUUUAGGAGCCGACACAGGGAAGAUCGGAGGGAUCCUGCAUGAGAGUUUAGACUUUAAAACACUGAAGAAGAGACCCCAUGAAGGGUCUCGACUCAAAGAGAGGUCGCAAAUACUUUUAUUUUUUCAUGAUGUAAAUGUCAAACCAUAAUUUUCCUACAAAAGAAGGAGAAAGACGCUCUUUUUACAGGUUUUCAAGUGAGUCGGUGUGGAGGAACUUUCUCCUAACAUGAUCCUGAUCAGCUCGUAGAAGUCUGCGCCGUCCUGCACGUGUUUCAUCAUUAAUUCACCUUUUUACUCUCAGUUUUUGAAAUGAAGGUUUUUCUGUGAGUUUCUGACAGAGCAGACUUUAGAGGUCAUUAGAGGUCAAACGUGUUGGCGUACAGUCAUGAUUAUUUAGCGUGAGGCCGACCUUAGAAACGCUCUGACCUCCUCUGGAUUACAGGAGACGAUCUGAGAUUAGAGACCUCAUGUUGUUGGAAAGAUGUUCUGCAGAUUGAGUUGAAAACAUAAGUGUGAUCGUCGUCUUUUUAAUGAGCUUGUUUACAUAUUAAAUCGGUAGUUUAGAAUACACUAUGGUGGCCGAAAACCGCCACGACUGCAGAUAAAAAAGAACGCAAAAAAAAGAAGUCACAAAGGAAAUUACCGAUGGAAAAGAAAUUUAAAAAAAAGAAGAAGCCUGCUGCAAAUAAAAAAAGAAACGAUGCAGAUUUUAAAAAAAAGCCACAACGAAAGUUAACGACAGAGAAAGAAAAGUAACUUCUGCAAAAAUAAAAGGAUGCAAAAAAAAAAAAAAGGCCACAAAGGAUCGGGGUGAACCGAAGGAUGCCGAUGUAGUUUCAGCUUCACUUUUCUUACCGUCGUCUUCUGUGCCUCGAUCGUAAAACACCGGUGUUUCAUCAUUAUUGGUCCCCAGCAGCUCACUUCUGUUGUGGCUUUUUCUAUUUGCAUCCUUUUAUUUUCACAGUAAGUAACUUUAUUUAUUUGUUUUGCAUCGCUACUUUUUUUUUUUUUUGCGUCGUUUACUUUUUACAUCUGCACCGUUUCUUUUUUUUCUUUGCAGUGGGCUUCGGUUUCUCUCUUUUUUUUUUUUUGGAUCAUUAACUUCUGUUGUAGUUUCUUUUUUUUUUCAUUCUUUUUUAUUUUGCAGCAGUUCUCGGCCACCGUAACACUCCGUAUCAAACACGGCAGGUUUUAAAGAUGAAAAAACAAGCUCUGGUCUGUAUUCAGUGAAUUUAUCCCUGAUUGUAUCGGAGAGCAGAGCGAGUCGGUGAGGAGAAGGUCGCAUAGAUCAUCCUGACUGUAGAGAGGAGCUUUAACAGAGUCAAUAAACUGACCUUUUCCCUCCAGAGGAGCCGGACCAGCGUCCCAGGGGACCGAGGAUAGCAGCAGGGUCACCUGACCGCUCAGGUCCGCACAGCAGCAGCAUCUCCAAGGACACCUCCUCUCCUCUCUCCUCUAAAUCCUCCAUGACUGCAGAAAAAAGGAAAAGCUUUGAGUGAGGAUAAUAUUCAGAAGAAGAGGAGAAUUAACGCAGAAGAUAUCUGAGAGAAGAACUCAUGAAUUCAGUGUUUUUCUGCUUCCCAGUAAAAACACAAAGAAAGACCGUCAUUGAAUAGAAAUGUGACAUUUUAAUCGGCUUAAUUGGAGCGUCAGAAAAAAAAAACACAAAGAGAGAGAGGAGCUCCUUUUUACCAAAACCAUCGAAGCUUUUCUAGAAAAACAGGCAGAGAGGAGAAAAACAUGUGGAGGGAGAACUGUUCAUGGUUUCUGAUGGAGGUGGGGGAAGGGAUGGAGGGUCUGAUGAAGAUGCAGGGAGUGUAGCAAAGAUGGCCGCCCUGCAGAUGGAGUCCGAUUCCAUCAAUCAGGCUCAAAUGAGCGAUGAUAUUUAAAGAGAUCAUUGAUAUUUACAGUCGCAGAUCUGUCACGGCGUUCACACAGAGCGGCCGUUGGAGCCGACAUAAACGCCAGCGCUCGUCCUGCGGGGGCCGUUGACAUUUGCUGGACGAUUAAGUCGUAAUUGGAACAGACGGAGUUGUAAUGUUUGUUUUUGUUCUGGACAUUUUCUGCAGACCAAUGAACACCCCAACCCCGGGAAGAAGUUCAGUGCCAGAGGGUUUCCCCGACACUGUUACCUCCCCGACAACGACAAAGGCAGGAAGGUAAGAGGAGGAGGACCCCGGAUGCAUCCUUUCAUCCUUUCCUUGUGUCCUACCCUUGUGUCUGUUAGUCUAAACUUUCUGUCCCUCAGGUCCUCAAACUCCUCAUCAUGGCGUGGGACCGACGCCUCAUCUUCACAAUCGGCACGUCCAGCACCACGGGCGAGUCGGACACGGUGGUGUGGAACGAGAUUCACCACAAGACAGAAUUCGGAUCGAACCUGACCGGACACGGUUACCCCGACCCCAACUACCUGGACAAUGUCCUGACGGAGCUGUCGGCGCAGGGAGUCGGCGAGGACAACCUGAAGGACUGAUCCACAGGAUCCACAUCCCAUCAUGCCUCACUGCGGUCUCAGAGCAGAGACUCUGGGUGAAAACUCUCCACAGAUAAAUCCACCCUGCAGACUCAGAGGGACAAAAGCAAAGGAAGUGAAAUAAUCCACAUGUUUAUAAUCAGUUUUUUGAUUAUAAUGACCCCCCGCUGUUUCUUUGCUGGAGCGUGGCGUCUUCAUGUUCGGAGUUUAAAGGAGAAAUCUGGAUCUACUCGUUGGUUUUUGUGAGAUUUCAGUCGGUCCUCUUUAGGAGGGAUGGAGAUGUUCAGAGGCGUCUCUAAAAGCUUAGCUGGAGGAUGCAUGGCCCAGACUAACGCUGCGUUACAAAGUCAGGAGUUCCUGAUGAUUUUGGAUGAAAUUAACCCUGAUUCAUGAUAAUUAUCCUUCCCCUUUGUCUUUUAAAGUCAGUGGAUGUUCUUUGAAGGAGGAUUUUGGCCUUUAGAUGAUGAAAAUAAAGUCCAGUCAGUGAUUUUUCCCUCCUCUGGUUCCUGUCGGGGUCAGUGUUUCUGUCAGACAGGAGUGUUUUGUUUGUUGUGCAUGGAGCAGAGAGGUCCUGAGAUGUUUAGUGAUCUUUGGUGAUACACGUGUUUUACUCUGAACCUGAAAGAGACGAAACAGUCAGUCAGAGGCGUGUUGUGAUGAGGAGGGCUGCGGUUGUGAAGCGGCGCUUUGCUGCGCUCCAAGGUUACUCUCAUUUGUUUUGUUGACACCCUGAUGACGCUGACCUCUGUGAAUAUAAAGCCCGCAUUAAUUUUCCCCCUGCUGGAGCAAACCGCGGCAUUGGCACGAUCCAUCAUGCUGACCAUACAUGAGAGAGAGAGGCGAGCGUGUGCUUGUGCGCUCUGAGGCGUUCAUUUGCUGGCUGGAAGUCCUUGAGGAGUGAAGCGGAGCACGCUCCUCACAGAUGGACGUACGUCUUUUAAACAUCAACAGCUGAUCUCUGGAGACGCGGCUCCAGCAGCGCUCCUGCCUGCACGCCUGAAUCUACGAGUCUCUGGUGAGCUUGUUUGCUGAAGGCGGCGUGCAGAGCUCCACUGCAGUGAAAUAUCUUCUCCCCAGUGAGCGCUCUCUUGGAGCGGGCCAAUCCUGAUGUAUGGCCUUGACCCGAGUCUCCUCCUCCUCCUCCUCCUCAGCAGCAGCAGCAGCAGAGCUCUUCAUCUGAAGAACCGGACAAACGCUGGUCUAACAUCAUGUGAUCUGUUUUUCCUGCUCUCGCCCCUCAGAUCUGAGGAGUUUGAAGGUCCUCGGUGGAGAUCUUGUGAUGUUCCCCUACUCUGAGAUUAGAGAAAAACCCAGAGCUGCAUAAUCGUCCAUAAAUAUGAUCCUGGUUUUAACGAGCGGGGCUGUGGAUGUAAAGCUCCUUAUAUGGGCGUCCGGCUGUGAGCUUAAAUCGAAGUGAAUCAUAGUCUUCCAGAGCACGCCGGUGCCGACCCGGUGGUUUUCCUUUCAGAGACAUGUCUUACACUGCAGCUGAGUCCGUCUUUUUUUAGUUCAGAUGUUUAUAAACUGGCUUGCGAUGCUUUAAAAAAAUAGAAAUAAUCUACAUUUGCAGAUGUGAUAUACCUUUAAAUUGGAGCUCAUUUUGAGUCGAUGGUGUAAGUUUAAUUUAUUUUUAUACUCUUCUAUAUAGAAAAUAUUAAAAUAUACUGACUGGCCCACAUAUCUAUACACAGGCACACGUGAACAUGAAUACAUCAAAUCUGGCAAAGCUGAAUUUGUCAGUAUAUGUCAGGGACUGUUGAAAUAUGUACGACAUGUAUGGACGUCUUAUAUUACGAGUAGUCUUAGCGUAUGCUGCUGUCGUUACCUUAAUGUAGAAUCUGUGUAGUUGAUCCCAGUGGGAACCCAAUAAAUACAGUCGAUGUGUCUUUAUUAUUAUCAGUGGGGGAGCUUUAGCAGCAUGAAGAUGGCCGUCCCCCACAAACGGGCAAUUUCUCUUUUUCUACAUGACCAGAACAUGGGAAAGGACGCAGUUCGAGGGUGGAAACACGAGGGCACGCCUGGGUCAGGGACGAGCCGCAAAGGAUUUCAAGUGUUUGUUUGAGUUUAAUAAACUCGAGAUCAAAGUUUCCAUCUAAAAUAUUCAGAGUUCAGUUUAUUUUUUUAAUGGUUGUAAAUGGAAAAUUAAGCAAAUCCAUUUUCUUUGAUCUAAUAUUUGUCACAGCGCAGGGUUAAACAACAGAGAAAGGACCCAAAAAAAAGGAUUUAUGAUAAAGCAACCAAAACUUACUUCAAGUGUCCAACUGAAAAAUCCCAAAGGGCAAAAUCAAACAAAAAGCACAGGGGGAAGAAAACACAACUGGCAGACAUAAAAAACACAAUUAACCAAUCAGGACAGAGGAGAGGACAGGGACUAUGUACACAGACUGGGAAACAAGCAACAGGUGAGACUGAUGAGUGAUUAACGAAGGAGGGAAAACUAGGGAAGUAAAACCAGACUAAAAACACAAGGAAUUAACUCCUACAAAAUAAAACAGGAAAUAAACACUGAAAACUGAUCUAAAGAAUAGGAUCUAAUAGAACAGGAGGAGAACAGGGUCAGACUGAAAACUAACAAGACUGGACGACAGAGGAAGUACACGGAAAAUAUACUCAGAUAAAACCAGGAGAAAAUGACAAUAUUAGUGUUUGUGCUCUUCCUCCAGUGUCAGCUGAGAGAAAAAAACAACCUCCAUGUUUAAAACAGUUUAUUAUGUCAGCAGUUGAAUAGUUUGGCAAACAUUUAAAACUCUUUGUUGAUCUUUUCUCAGACCCAGCCGUGUUAAAAACAGUCAGUUUGUUUUUUUCCAUCUCAAGUUUUCUUCUUCUCCUUCGUUCGCGGCCCUUUCGACUCCCUUUAUUAAAACUGGACAGCUGAAGACGAUGCUUCCAAUCUAUCAGGGAACCUUUUCCAUGCUGAGUGAAGUCACGUUAUCUAGAGAAACCCAAAUUGUCGCUUCUUUAACUUUCCUUUUCGGUGUAUCGGCCUUGUUGUAUGAGGGCUGUAGGCCGCUUCGAUUUCAGGUGUGUACAGACUUCUAUGGAAAUAAAUAAUAACGUGGUUUGGUAUUUGUCAUGAUAAAGAGAGAGAGAGAUGGUGUUUAUGCAAUUUACUAUUUUUCAAGAUAUUCUGUAUGAUUUAUGUGUAGCAACAAGGCUGAUAUUUUGGUUUCUAUGACAAUGGAUGUUUUCUUUCAGGGUGCCUCCCUCCAGGUUUUUAAACAGAGGGGUCGCAGCCCGAGGAUGUCCACAUGCUACGUAUUAGAAAACAUAUAUUUUUGAUGUUUUUUCUUUUUUAAUAAUGAUUGUCUCUAAAGGAAAAUGUGACAUUGCUGUGUUACUCAUAUCCAUACUCUUAUUGCUGAUGAAACGUGGGAUAAAGAGUGAUUUUGCAGAAGUUUUCACAGCUGCAGACUGUACUUCUCUUUUCUGUGGGUAUGCUGUUCGUUUGUGUCUGUGCGAGUGUGCGUGGACGUGUGCAGAGUCUGCGGUUCAUGUCCUUUACAGAUACAGUAAUGUUCUCCUAGAGGUGCAUGUUAACCAAACUGUGAGCAGGUUUCUUGACAAUGCAUAGCUCAUCAUAGCUUCUUUAGAGAUAUAUCCCUCGGCUCUUCUGGGGGUUUAGCACUGUGGUUUUUGCAUCUUUCUCCGGAUCGUUAAAAAGGUUGUUUCCUCUUUCAGGUUUGAUUUCCACAGAUGGGGAGCGAUGCAGCGUUUGGCUGCUCUCCUCUCUGUUUUGACAUGUGAAACAUCUGAAUGUUUUGCAUUUUAAGUGCCCAUUUUAAUUGACAUUUUCAAAUCAUGGUUUUUGUGGUUUGAUUUGAAGCAGUGUCUCCUUAUUAAAAACACAGAGAAACUGAGAUCAACUAAAAGCAAGAUAUAGAGACAUUGAUUAAACUAUAAAGGGCUUCUUAAUCUAUCAGUCUUUAUUGAAUUGUGAUGACCUUGUUGCAUGUUUGUGUGUUUCUGUGGAAAAAUAAAUGUGCCCUGGUCGGGUAAUUUGUUUGACCUUUUGUUU